AAGCCAAAUCCCCGGCAGUAUCAACUUUCAGCUGGGCGCCCUCAUUUAGAAAAAUAAAAGGGUCGAUUAUUGAAUAGACAAGUACUGAUGGCUGCCACGCAUCACUAAACAUUCCAGAGGCAUUUCCAAAAGAUGCAGGUCUAUACACAGUGACGGCCACUAAUACGUCUGGCUCAGUUAGCACCACAUCUCAGGUGACAGUGAAAGGAAGGCUCCCGUUGGAGUCUUCUGACACUGAUCUACAGUCUGACAUGGAACCGACAAAACCCAAUGUGCAACUUCAUUUAAAGGACCAAUCUGUGUUCGAGGGAAAGAAAGUCAGAUUGGACUGCGUUAUAAUCGGAGUCCCAGAGCCAGAGGUGAUCUGGUAUCACGACGACCAACCUGUUAAAGAAUCCCCAGAUUUUCAGCUCGUAUUUCAGGGCGACAGGUGCUCAUUAAUCAUCCAGGAAGCUUUACUGGAGGAUGCAGGCCACUACAAAGUAGUUGCUUUAAAUUCUAUGGGAGAAGCAAGCAGUCAAUGCACAUUAAUAGUACAAGCUGUUGAUAAAUCUGGUGAGCAUCCGACACGAAAAUCAGCGAGUAGUGAGGCACUAAUUGAAGCUGAAAAGAAAACAGAAGGAAUGCCAAGGUUCUCUCAACUCCUGACAGACCUUUUAGUAGUUGCUGGCGACACUGUCCAAUUUGAAUGCACUGUCACUGGCCAACCGAUGCCUACAGUUUCAUGGUCUCUUAACAACAAAGAACUUGUACAGUCUGAAAGAGUUCAUAUGAGUCAAGACAUGGAGGGUCAUUGUUUGCUUAAGGUUUCUAAUGUUACAAAUGAAGACAAAGGAGUUUACACUGCAAGAGCAGCAAACCAGCAAGGAGAGGUGAAAUGCUUUUCUCAUCUGACGGUCAAAACACCUCUGACUUUGGAAUCAAUAAAACCUCAAGCUGAAGAAGCAACAUGCGCACCUUAUUUCACCGAAUUGUUUGCUGACACUUCAGUACCCGAGGGAGGGGCUACAAAAUUUGAAUGUAUUGUCUCAGGGAAGCCAACUCCAAAAGUAAAAUGGUUCUUUAAUGAUCAGCCAGUCUCAGGAAAGGAUUUUCUAGUAUCUACAUCUGGCAGUCGGCAGGUUCUAAGCAUGCCAUCAGUUAGUAAGUCUCUUGUUGGAAAGGUUAGCUGUACUGCAGAAAAUGAAGCUGGGAAAGCAACAUGUGUUGCCAAUUUAACCCUUUCAGAACCAUCAUUACAAACAUUCUUACCACGUAUUGAGGAUAUUAACUUGGACACUGGUGUUUUUGAAAUGAAAAGGGCUGUUUUUGUUCAAUCCGAAUCUUCCAGCCAUUUCUCUUCUUCUACCACUCAUGGUGGACAUGAGCCAGUUGUUAAGGUACAAAGUACGAUAUCAAAGUCUGAGGUUGCAUCUCAUAAAAUCGGAGACAAACCUGCAGUACAAGUUGAAUCACACAAAACAUCCCAAUACAAAAACAUAGAUGGCGUGGAGUCAACAGAGGAAUCUGAAGUCUUUAAGUCAUCGGGUACUGAAUCAUCCCCGAGUGAUAACCUUAAAAAAUCUUCAAGUGGUCUUGUGAUCGCCAAGAGAAAAAACACUGCUCCGAGAUUCAUUUCUCCUCUUAAUGGAUGUAUCGUUGAUCAAGGUGCAGAUGUUACACUGACAGCUAUUAUUGAAGGUUAUCCAACACCAGAAAUAACAUGGGCAAGAAACGGUGGCCCUGUUCCACAGGAGAGUGAAACAACCUAUGAGUUUGGCAAAGCAGUUUUAAAAUUGAAAGAUGUAAAAACGCAACAUGGCGGUAGAUACACUUGCAAUGCUGUAAACGAAGCCGGAUCAGCUACAGCAUCAGCAGAUGUUGUCGUUAAAAAAAGCCAAUUUCCUCCUGUAUUGGGAAGAAGAUUGCAAGCUAGGACUGCAACUGUUGGUGAAAGAGUGGCUUUAGAGAUUGAGGUCACAGGGACACCAACACCAACAGUCACUUGGAACAAAGAUGGACAGUUGAUUCGGCCAACUUCUACAGCAUUCAGGAUCAUUUCUCAAGGCAAUUGCCAUAUUCUGAUUAUUGACAAAGUUGACCAUAUCCACACUGGUCAAUAUGGAGCAGUAGCAGUAAACAGUGCUGGUGAGGCCAGAAGCACAGCAGACUUGUUGGUCGUUGACCCCCAUCCAGAAACUGGACAGCCCAAUCUCAUCUUUACAAAUGUUGGGGCUUCAGGUGAUUUGAGUGUUCAGCCGCAGACAGUUUCAACUAUGAAUAUGCCACCUGGGGGUGGCAUGGUUGUGUCAGAAAGUGUGAAAAGUGAGAAACACAUCUCUAUGAAAGUGCAUAAGACAGAUAUGUCUAUGGACGAAGUGAAGGAUUUAAAAAAAAACUUUGCCAAGACUGAGACUUUCCAAAAUUCGAAAGAAUCUUUCCCAAAACAGACUGAAAAUUACCAGAAAUUCCCUGAACUCAUGGAUAUCCCAAAGCCGACAUUUGAUGCAUCCAAGUUUGACCUGCAGAAAUCGUCACUAGAAAAGAUUGAAACUUCCCUCCAUCCAUUUACUCUCCCAGAUUCAUCAUUUGAGAACAAGAAGUUUGAGCAAAGUUCAUUUGAAUCUUUUCAGACACAGACUUGUGGCACGAAACAAUAUGAUCCUCCAACCAGUUUUGCUUCAGUCAAACCACCGUUUGAGGUAAAACCGUUUAAACCAGAAGUGCCAAAAACUGAAGAUUUAGUCACUGAUUCCAUUUCAACUAAAAGCUCAUUGGAAUUUUUUAAAUCAAUAAUAAAGGAGAAUGAAGAAAAUAAAAAUAAAAUAUAUGAACCAAAGCCUGUAAAGCAAGAAUACACGAGUUCCUUUGCUGCUGUCAACUCUUCUUAUUUGAACCAAUGGAAGGAUAAAGUAAAUGAGCCUGAAUUCAUCCUAGAACCUGGCCCACCCCCAGAAAUGGGAUACAUUCCAGAAACAUUCGCUACCAAAGUAAAAGAAGACAUGGUUGACAAGGCCAAGAAGCUAGAAGAGUCACAAAAAGAUCUAACAAAAGGUGAAAUUCCUUCAGGCGGGGUUAGGAUAUUUCCCACUAAACCUCAAUCACCAGUGAUUGUUGUUGAAAGGAAAACAGAAAAACAAGAAAAAUUCCAUGAUAAUGUAAGCUUGUCUUUUGUUGAACCACCAACUCCAGUUUUGAGGCCUUCUGCAGACAUACAAGUGAGGCCAACUUCUCCAAGGCCAUCUGCUGAAGGAGUUUCAAUGGAAAAACUUUGGGCGAGUAAGAAAGAAGAACUAAAAUUCUCUUCUCCAAAUGAGUGCAAACCUGUUUCUCCUUCAUUUUUAUGCGAUAGACCUAGAUCACCCAUGCCUUCAACAGAUGGUCUAGCAAUGGAUAAGCUCUGGGGAUCUAAACAUCAAGAAAGUUCUGUCACCAGUGCCUGGCCUCCUCCUGGAGUCCAAUCGGAAACAGUAUCAACUUCUGUUAAGGAAGAAUCACACCAUUCAUCACAGUUUACAUCUUUCCAAACACAAACUGUGUCAAAGCAGCCAUCUCCACCAAGAGAAGUUCCUCUCGUAAUGGGCCCCAAGAUAAUUUAUGUUGCAGAAGCACAUACCACACAUAAAGCAAAUUUGAACACUUUUUCCAACCGUUCUGAAUUUUAUGAUUCAAGCACAUCUCAGGUAGUUACUGAAAAGACAAUAACUCCUUCUGAAGCCAAAAAAUUGUGGCAGCAACCUUCAGUUGAACCUGCAAAACCUAAAACGGAAUUCAAACCUGUUAAGCAAUUUACCCCUCAAUUGGAUGAUUUACACAUUGAACCAGGCCCUCCACCGGAAAUAGGUUUUGCUACACCUCCUCCUAAUGAAAGACGACAGUCUUACGUUGAACAGAUAGAGCAGGAAUUAGAAAAAGAUCUUGAAAAGCCUCCUUCCAGGCACUUAGUAGGUGCAGUUAGGUGCAUGCCACCUCCAAAGAGAGAAAGUUCAGUCGAGUCAACAAAAUCAUCCCAUUAUGAGAAAACAGAGUCAUUUUCAAAGAGAAUUGAGAAAAGGUCAAGUUCUUUCUGUGACGAAUCAACAUUUAAACCUUUCCCUGUUUUAGAACCAUUUCCCUUUAAGCCUGAAACUGUAAAACAGAGCCCUACAAAGUUUUCAACUGUUCCCAGGCCUUCAAAGUUUCAGAAAAAAGCUACAGAAAGUGAUUAUGAAAGUGAUUUGGAAGGUUCUAAAAUUAAGGCAAGGUGGACUCCUUGGGAUAGUGACACUGAAGAGCCUUAUUAUAGAAAAGUAAAACCACCAUCAUUUGAACAUACUAGACGGUCCCAAUCCGCACAACCGGAACCACCUCCACCUUCAGCUUUCUCCCAACCUCCAUUGACAUUUGAUUCUAAAACGACCUGUUCGAGCAAACAGACAAAACACAUGGAAAUCCAACAAUUCGGAAUGCAGAAGAUGCACAAAUUGGAAACUUCAUCACAGCAAAUUACCGCCAAACCAUGCUCACCCCCAGUGAAAGCAAAGCCAGAAACUCCGAAACUUCAGAGGCACCAGGUUCAGGAUUCGGGCUACAUGGCAGAUACAGAUGAGCCAAACAAGUUUGUCAGACAAAAACCUAGCAUGUUUAGGACCGAAAAAGUUGAAAGUGCCAAGAAACAGCUACCAACCACUCAAGUGCACAAGGAAACUCAGUUUGUAACUAAACAGGUUGUUAUGCCAAAGCUUGAGCCAUUCCCAUUCAAGCCAUCUGCCCCUAGUCCAGCACCACAAGUUACAGUUCCGCUUGUAUCGCCUUCUAAAUUUGUAAAAGGAGAUUUCAAAGAAAGCGAUUAUGAGAGCGAUUAUGAUACAAGAAUACCUCCAAUAUGGGGACAAGGCUCAGAAAGGGCAUUCAGGCCUGUAAAACCAUAUCUCUCUCCUGCCCCAUCAACGACACCAAAGGGCAGAGAACCAACACCUCCAAGCCAGUUUGACAAACCACCGUCGUUCGAAGGUCCUCCUAGGCCAAAAUUCGAGCCGAUCGAAAAGCCAAAGGCAGCAGCCAUGGACAAGAAGAUACACAGGCCACAGCCGCAUUACUAUGAUCUGAAGCCUGGCUCACCGCCUAAGAUGGAUUUUGCACCACCAGUAACUGCAGUGGAAACAUCGAACACGAUGAGUUUUGCCGAAUCGACUGCCAGCAGUCAAAGGGUUGUCAGCAUGCAGCAAACGACACGCGUCAUCAGCUUUGAUCAGAAAAAAGCUACUAGGCAGACAUCAGUGCCAGUCAAAGUCGUGCCGAAAGGAGAGAUAAAAUAUGUUUCUGACAAUGAAUCCGAAUCAAAAUCAAUAGAUCUAAAAGCAGAGGAAAAAAGGCUACAACGAGUGGAGGAAAUGAGAAAACGAUUCGGAGAAAGGUCCCAAAGCCUCAUUGAAAUCAAACCCGGUGAGCCUCCCCAGUUUGAUUAUGCACCUCCAAGAGUACCUGCAGUUGCUGCAAGUGUAGCGAAUAAACACAUAAAUGAGAUGACAUCUACUUUCAAAACGAAAGCGCAACAGUUUGUCUCUGACGUUGUGACGGAAGUGAAGCAAAAUGGAAAAUCUGAGACUUCCAAUCUUUUAUUAAAAGAGAAAGAUGACCCUCAAGUCUACAGGGAGGAGACCCGUACAUCAGAAAAAGGAACAAAAUGUAUUGACCCAGAUACAGGUCUUAUUUACUUCAAAUAUGACUUUGGGUAUGAAUUUGGAGUGAUACUCCCUGGGGAAGGAGGGAUGAAAGGUGUCAGCGGGGGAAAGCCGGUUAAAAGCCUUACCCCAGGAAAACGACCCAGCGAGCGCGAAGAUGGGUCAAUUGAGGUCAAAGUCAUCCAUGAAAAAUCUGCUACGUCACAGCAACAACAGAAGAAGCAUGGUUUUAAAACCAUCAAGUGGGACCCGACCUCUGAAUCCGAGAUGUCCGAUGCCGAAGAUGCAAAAAAGAAGGCUUUUAUGCACCAUGGACCGAGAAUCACAAUCCCCGCAACACCAAGCCCUCUCUCCAUGUCGCCAAGCAUCUCGCCCUAUUACACACCAACGGCCCAUGAAUCCCAAGGGGCUACACAUUGGACGAGUGCUAUGUCACCAACACCAUUGAGUGCACCGGUUGUCGUGAAUGCCAUGUUGCAUAGCGAGGCACCCAAGAAACCCCCCAUGUUUAUUACUCCACUCAGAGAUAUCGCCGUGAUUAGUGGUCAGACAGCGAGAUUUGAGUGCAUAGUACAGGCAGAGCCAGCACCGAAUAUCAUCUGGGCGAAGGAUGGCCGUCUAAUCGAACCGUCGCUUACACAUGACAUCUUGUUCAGAAACGGUGUCUGUCGACUCACGCUGCCUCAGGCUUUCUCUUAUGAUGCUGGCACAUAUACAUGUACUGCGACUAACAAUUUAGGCUCGCAGAACACAAGCUCCACCCUCCAAGUGUCAGAUUCACAAAGUGAUUUGCCAGACUGUUGGGCCGAUUAUGACUGGGCGUCAUCGUUAGAAACUGGUAAGCACUGCAGGAAUAUCGAUGAAAUAGAGAAUAGUAGUAAAAUUCAAGGCAUGAUAGUACAAGAGGGGAUGCUAGCUCCAAGUUUCCCCGAUGGAACACCUCCUAUUUUUGAAAAGGUGUUCAGCAAUGCUAGAUUCGCCCAAGGCGGCGAUGCUUUGUUUGAAGGAAGGGUUACCGGACAACCCCGACCAGUAGUCUCCUGGACGAGAAAAGGAGGGCCACUCCUUGAUUCACAAAAACAUAGACUGAGCUAUGAGGAACAGACAGGGAAUGUUUCUCUAUGCAUCACUCGAAUUGGACCAGGAGAUGAAGGCGAAUAUACGUGCACUGCUAGAAAUCAAUUCGGAGAAGCUACUUGCUCCGUAUAUAUACAGCCUGAAGGACUUGCAAUGCCAGUACAGCCCCAAGGCAUGAGAAAAGAAACCCAAAUGAGACAACAGACCCAACAAAUGACGCAGUCUGGUAUGCAGCAGAUGCAGACCACACAAUCAAUGCAACGCACGCAAACGAUGCAGUAUACCAAUGGAUUUUCAUCCGUUGAAGAAGACUUUAAAGUAGACACUUUUGAAUAUCGGCUCCUAAGGGAAGUAUCAUUCCGAGAAUCACUCACAAGGCGAUAUGCAGGCGAGAGUGACAUGUCGCUAUCCACAGUGGUUGAAAGGCAUCUUGGACCACCAGCUCCUCCACAGGUUCAGGCCAAGCCACGAAACUCGAAACUCAAUGAAGGCUCUGAUGCCGUUUUCACUGCUGUCGUACCUGCUAAUCCAAAACCGAGGUUGACAUGGUUUAAAAAUGGAAAACGAUUAGCAUCAUCACAAAAGCACCAGACCACUUAUUCAAAUCAACAAGCAAGUUUACGAAUUAACCAGGUUUCAGCUCAGGAUAGUGGUCAUUAUACGCUAUUAGCCGAAAACCCUCAAGGAUGUGUUGUAACCUCAGCUUACUUAGCAGUUGAACCCUCAGCUCAGCAAGAGCAAGUUUAUGAAAGGGAGAUGUUGAGUCAGAAAAGUUUUGUAGAAACAGAGUCAGUUGAAGGAAAGAUGAUUGCUCCAAAUUUUGCGAGAGGUUGUACAGACAGAGAUGUAACGGAAGGUAAGAUGACCAGAUUCGACUGCAGAGUCACUGGGCGGCCCUAUCCAGAGGUCACUUGGUUUAUCAAUGGAAGACAAGUUAUUGAUGAUGCCACUCAUAAAGUUCUUGUCAACGAAAGUGGAAAUCAUGCACUAAUGAUUACAAAUGUGUCAAGACAUGAUUCAGGCACAGUGACCUGUGUUGCUAAAAACAAGGCUGGCGAGACUUCAUUUGAAUGCAAACUGAACGUGAUUGAGAAGGAGCUUGUUGUUUCACCGAAAUUCGUACAGAGAUUUAGUGCAGUGAGUGUAAAAGAAGGAGAACCGGUUAGUCUAACUGCACGGGCUGUUGGAACUCCUGUCCCCAACAUCACAUGGCAAAAGGACGGAGUACCAAUAAUAAGCAAUAAUGAUGUAUCGAUAAUGACAUCUGGAGGCGGGAGCACCUUAGAAAUUUUUGCCUGCAAACCUCAAGAUGCAGGAUGGUAUCAGUGUAUGGCACAGAAUAUGGCUGGCUCUACUGCAACAAGGGCAAGAGUUCAUGUGCAGAAAAUCGUAAAACAAGAUCUUUACCAACCUUCAAGGCUGCAUCUACCAACGCCGACCACAGUUAUCCAGCCUGAACCUGCACCAGAACCAGAAAUUAUAUAUUUGAGACAUGUUGAGAGAUCUGCACCAAAAUCACCAAGAGGUGAACAGGAUAAGGUAUACCCACCACCGCAAUUUAUCAUCCCACUGAGUGACCAGUCACAGACUGAAGGUGCAAGAGUACAUUUUGAAGCAAGAGUAGAGCCAGUAGGUGACCCGUCGAUGAACGUUCAAUGGUACCACAACGGAAAACCAUUGCCAGCCAGUUCAAGAAUGACAACAACAUUCAGAUUUGGUUUCAUUGCUUUGGAUAUGCUGAGUAUUGUUCCAGAAGACGCUGGAGAAUAUACCUGUGUUGUUACAUCAAAUACUGGAACAGUACAGUCUGUAGCAAGAUUCACAGUAACAAGUCGUGCAAGUAUAGAUCAAAAGAGUCAGUAUCCAGAUAGCUUGCAGUACAUUUCACAGCUUGAGGACUAUUCUAAAUAUCAGAGAACAGAUAGCUUUGAGGAAAUAUCACCCGUAAGGCCCACAUUUAUUAGGCCUUUGAAGGAUCUUGGACAAUUACAGGAAGGAAGGAAUGCCCAUUUUGAAGCACAGCUUACACCAGUAAGCGAUCCAACCAUGAGAGUUGACUGGUUUAAAGAUGGUCGCCCAAUAACUGCCAGUUCAAGAAUCACAAACAUAUUUAAUUUUGGAUAUGUUUCUCUGAACAUUUUACAUCUGAGAGCAGAAGAUUCUGGUGUGUACACUGUCAGAGCUGUUAACAGGUGGGGAGAGGCAGUAUCACAAUCAUCCGUUCAAGUAAUUUCUCGUAGUAGUGUUACGGGAGACUUGGGCAUACCUGAACAGCAAAGGUACAUUGACAGUGUCGAAGCUCUUGAAGCUUACAGCCAACAGGCCCUUAAGAAGGCAAUGUAUGAACCACCAGAAAGCACAUCACCCCCUGUUUUCCAAACUCAAGUUCAAGAUCAACUUGGUAUCAAAGAAGGUGGAUUUGCUCAUUUUGAAGCAAGGCUGGAACCUGUUGGUGACUCCACAUUAAGAGUCGAAUGGCUGAAAGACGGAAGACCAGUUGAAGCUAGUUCCAGAAUCACGUCUUUCUUCAAUUUUGGAUAUGUAGCUCUAACAAUAAAACACGUAGCUACACAUGACUCUGGCCGAUACACCUGCAGAGCAUACAACCAACUCGGUGAAGCCACAACAUCAGCCAAUCUUGGUGUUGUUAGCCGUCAAGAUGUUAUAAUGGAUAGCCAACAUUCAUCGAGCCUUCAGAAAAUUCAACACCUAGAAGAUUCAAGCCGCUACAUGAGAUCUCAACAGGAGGAGGCCAGUGUGACCCAGAAACCAAGGUUUUUGGGACCACUCAAGGGAACUAAUAAGAUUGUGGAAGGUCAAAGAGCCCAUUUUGAAGCUAGGGUUGAACCUCUCAGCGACACAACUAUGAAGAUCGAAUGGUACUUUAAUGGCAAAGCACUUCAAACUGCCAAUAGAAUUCAAACUUACCACGAUUUUGGAUAUGUCGCUGUAGACAUCCUCAGUGUAAGAGCCGAGGAUGCUGGCACAUAUACAGUUGUUGCAAGAAAUGCAUUAGGUGAAGCUCAACUAUCGGCCACAAUGCAAGUAGAAACAAGAGCAGCAGUUGACACAAGAAGCAUGCAUUCUGGUGUUUAUGACAAAACAAAACAAAUGGAAGAAUAUAGGCAUGUUGAGCCAACUUACAAUAUUGAAGAAAUUUCAAAAUCCAAGCCCGUCUUCACAGUACCAUUGAGCGAUCCACCUCCAGUGAAUGAAGGAAAGAACAUUCACCUCGAAUGUCGCCUUGAGCCCAUGGGAGAUCCUACGAUGAGGGUAGAAUGGUUCCAAAACGGAAAACCAGUCACUGUUGGAUCAAGGUUCCGUACAUACUAUGAUUUUGGCUAUGUAGCAUUAGAUAUUGUCCAUGUCACCUCUAUUGAUUCGGGAGAAUAUACUGUUAGAGCGACCAACCACCUUGGUUCAGCUCAUACAUCUGCUUGUGUUAGGGUCAUGAGUAGAUCAGACAUAGUGACAGAGACCCAAAAUGAAUCAUCACUAGAACAGAUACAAUAUCUUGAAGAUUCUAAAAUGAGAAAACAUGUACAAGAAGAUGUGACGAUUGUUUCACCUCCUGUCUUUACACGCCCUCUUCAUAACAUUGAAACACUUGAAGGCACAAAUAUACAUCUAGAGUGCCGCCUCCAGCCAGUUGGUGAUCCAUCGAUGAGAGUUGACUGGUUUGUUAAUGGAAAACCAGUCCGAGUAGGUCACAGAUUCCGGCCUGCUUAUGAUUUUGACUAUGUUGCCUUGGACCUACUUAGUGUUUACCCCAAUGAUUCAGGUGUUUACACUUGUCAAGCCAGAAAUCAACUAGGAGAGGCUGUAACUUCUUCUUCUGUCCGGGUUAUUGCUAAAAAAGAUCUUUUGCUUGAGUCCCAACACCCAGGUGGAUUGGAAAAAAUACAGUACCUUGAAGACUCAUCAAGGUAUAAGCGAACUGAUACAGUUGAUGAACUAGUGAUGGUCAAACCAAGAUUUGUCACAAAACCAAAAUCAGCUGAAAAUCUAAGAGAAGGUGGACAUGCUCAUUUCGAAUGUAAACUCGAACCUGUAACAGAUCCCAACCUUAAAGUUGAAUGGUACAAAAAUGGUCGUCCGAUCAUUGUUGGUCACAGAUUCCGCCCAAUUCACGAUUUUGGCUAUGUAGCUCUUGAUAUCAUUGAUCUCAUUGCUGAAGAUUCUGGAGUAUAUACUUGUCGUGCGACCAAUUUGUUGGGUAGUGAUGAAACAACUUGCUCACUUAAAUGCAGUAGUUCUUCGCAAGUUGUAACAUCAACUCAAAAUGAAUCAGGACUUGAGCAGAUUCAAUACCUUGAAGAUCGAUCAAAAUAUCAUAGGUCUGAAGUCGUAGAAGAAACUACGACACAAGCUCCAGUUUUCACAACUUCCCUCAAGCAAUGUAAUAUAAAAGAAGGACAAAGGGCACAUUUUGAAUGCCGCCUUAUUCCAGUCAGUGACAACACAAUGAAAGUUGAAUGGUUCCACAACAACCAGCCCGUUAAAUCCGGAUCUAGGUUCACCGAGACCAAUAAUUUUGGAUUUGUUGCUCUAGACAUUCUUCACUGCUUACCUGAAGACUCAGGAACUUAUACAUGCCGAGCAAAAAAUGUUAAUGGUGAAGCUCUCACUUCAUCAACACUCAAUGUUUCAUCAAGAAAAUCAAUAUACCUUGAAUCACAACAUGAAUCAGCGCUCAACAAACUCAAUCAGUUUGAGGAACCUAAAUACCACAAACCAACUGGGCCUGAAGAAGCUGCUACUCAAGCUCCAGUUUUCACACAACCAAUGAGAGACUUGAGAACAUCUGAGAAUCAACAUGCCCACUUUGAAGCAAGACUCAUCCCAGUAGGUGAUCCAAGGCUCAAAGUUGAGUGGCUAAGAAAUGGAGUGCCAAUUUCAGCAUCAAAUCGUGUAACGACAAUGCAUGAUUUUGGUUACGUCGCUUUGAACAUGAAGUAUGUCUAUCCUGAAGAUUCUGGAACUUAUACCUGCAGGGCUACAAAUGAUCUUGGAGAAGCUGUCACAUCGGCCACUCUAGUUGUACAAUCGAGAGCAUCACUUCUCACUGAGACACAACACGAAGGAGCCCUACAGAAACUCCAGGCCCUUGAAGAUUCCGCAAAGUACAAACGCACCGAAGUGCAAGAUAUUGUUGUUACCCAAAAACCUUAUUUCUCAGCCCAACUCAACGGUCCUACACAAUUAGUAGAAGGACAGAGUGCUCAUUACGAAUGUAGAAUUGAACCAUACCCAGAUCCAAAUCUCAAAGUUGAAUGGUUCCACAAUGGAGUACCUCUUCAAACUGGGCAUAGAUUUAGAACUACCUAUGAUUUUGGUUUUGCUGCUCUUGAUAUUCUUACUGUAUAUGGAGAAGAUACUGGAGAAUACACUUGCAGAGCUACUAAUAAAUUAGGACAAGCUGUUUCUUCAGUAAAACUCAAUGUACAACCACGUGCUGGAAUUAUAAGAGACACUCAGCAUCAAGAUGCUCUUCAGAAAAUACAGUACCUUGAGGAUGACUCGCGCUACAAGAAAACAGUUGAACAAGAGCCGACUGUUACUGAAAAACCACAAUUCGGCAGACCACUCAAGAACAUUGAGCAUUUGCCAGAAGGAAAAAUGGCUCAUCUAGAAGCCACAUUGACACCGGUGAAUGACCCAACAAUGAAAGUCGAGUGGUUCCGAAACGGACGACCCAUCCCACAAGGCCAUAGAUUCAAAACAACAUACGAUUUUGGCUUUGUUGCCCUUGACGUCCUUUAUGCAUAUGCUGAGGAUUCUGGAACUUACAUGUGUAAAGCUCGAAAUGCUGCUGGGGAAGCUGUAACGACUUGCUCUGUGACUGUUGAUUCCAAAGCUGGGCUUCAGCUAGACACUCUUGAUGAGCAAAGGCUGAAGAAAAUCAGAGAACUUGAACAAUUUGAAAGACCGCAGCAAGAGGAAGUUGAACCAGUUGCACAAAAACCAGUUUUCAUUACUCCUCUUAACAGCUUAGAAAAUCUCAAGGAAGGUGAUCAUGCUCAUUUAGAAUGUAGAAUUGAGCCAAUCAAUGAUCCAAACCUGAAGAUAGAGUGGUUUGUAAAUGGAAAAGCCAUCACAACUGGCCAUCGUUUCCGUACUACCCAUGACUUUGGAUAUGUGGCACUUGACAUAUUAUACAGCUAUGCUGAAGACUCAGGCACUUACAUGUGCAAAGCAACAAAUAAAAUGGGUGAAGCUGUCAACACAUGCAAUAUUAAAGUGCAAUCAAGACGCAAUAUUUUACUUGACACACAUCACCCCGAAGGAUUGGAAAAAAUUAGAGAAUUGGAAGCUCAGGGACAUCCACAGAGGUUAGAAGUUGAAGAGCCUGUUCCAUCCCCACCUCGGUUUGUCACUGAGCUUAGGGGUACAAAUGAACUUGCUGAAGGGCAAACUGCUCAUUUUGAAGCUCAAAUUGAGCCACUUCAUGAUCCAAAUUUGAGAGUGGAAGUUUAUCACAAUGGAAAGCCUCUAGGAUCAGCCUCAAGAUUCCAUAUUACAUUUGACUUUGGUUAUUUUGCCCUUGAUAUUGGCCAUUGUUUGGCUUCUGAUGCUGGGGAAUAUACUGUUAAAGCUGUCAAUAAACUUGGAUCUUGUGUCUCAUCAACAACUAUGCAAGUUAAAGAAAAAGGAAGUAUUAUUCUUGAUUCUCAGAGACCAGAGGGUCUCGAGAAGAUCAAGAAGCUAGAAGCUGGACGUCCUGAAAAGCCGGAAGUGGUUGAAGCUGCCACAAGGCAAAGACCAGUCUUCACCCAACCUCUUCAAAACAUUGAUGCUAUCGCAGAAAGCCAAACAGCUCACUUUGAGUGCCGUCUUAUCCCAGUUGGAGAUCCUACUCUCAAGGUUGAGUGGUUCAGAAAUGAAAAACUUCUCGAAGACAGCUCUCGAAUCACCAAAACACAUGAUUUUGGCUAUGUAAGCAUGGAUAUGACACACGUGAGAGAAGACGAUGAGGGCGUAUAUAUGUGCAGGGCUUCUAAUGCUCUCGGUGAAGCUGUUACAACCGCUUCAAUGAAAAUAAAAACGAAAGCAUCAAUACAAAGCGAGACCCAACAUCCAGAGGGUAUGAGAAAGAUCCGUCAGUUAGAAGAAGGAAAGGAACCUUCAAGAAAAGAAGAACCAGAACAAGCAUUUGAGAAACCAAUUUUCACACAAGUGCUUACUGGGCCAUCUGAACUUUGGGAAGGCCAAAGAGCACAUUUUGAAGCUAGAGUCGUACCAGUAGGUGAUCCUACAAUGAAAUUCCAAUGGUUUUGCAAUGGAGUGGAGCUCAAAAUGGGAUCAAGAUUCCAUGUCACACAUGAUUUUGGCUUUGUAACUUUGGACAUAAUGGCUACAGUACCAGAAGACUCUGGAGUGUACAUGUGCAAAGCUGUCAAUGCUGCCGGAGAAGCAGUUUCUUCGACAAGUCUUAAAGUGAAACCACGUUCUGCAAUUUCUGGAGAGCCGAUUCAACCUGAUGCUUGGCAGAAGAUCCAAUUGAAGGAAGCACAGAUGAGCAAAGUGCCUGAAGGCUAUGAAGACACUGCUCGACAAAUGGCACCCGUUUUUACCAAGCAUCUGAACAACGCCGAUAAACUCGUAGAAGGUUCACAUGUUUACCUUGAAGCCCAGGUCGAGCCCAAAGAAGAUCCCAACCUUAGGGUUGAGUGGUUUAAAAAUGGAAAACCAUUAACAACAGGUACAAGAAUCAAGCCCACUUUCGAUUUUGGCUUAGUUACUCUUUCUGUAAAUGGGGUGAGGCCAGAUGAUUCUGCCAUAUACACUUGCAAAGCAACUAAUCUUCAUGGAGAAGCUGUUUCAACUUGCACGAUUAAAGUUGAAGAUCGGCAUUGGUUGCUUGCAAAUUCACUUCGUCCAGAAGCUCUGCCCUUAAUCGACGCCCUCGAAGGGCCAAAAACAACAAAGAGCGAAGUUGCUGAACCCGUUUUCGAAGGCCCAGUAUUUAUUUCUCACUUGAACAAUGUAGUCUGCCAAGAAGGAGAGAAUUCACACUUCGAGUGCAGAGUAGAACCUGCAAAGGAUCCCACCCUCAAUAUAGAAUUUUUCGCCAAUGGCAAAUUAUUACCGACUGGAGCCAGAUUCAAAGGCAACCAUGACUUUGGAUUCGUUACGCUCGACAUCAAUUCAUGCUAUGCUGAAGAUUCUGGAAUCUACACUGUCAAAGCUACUAACAGUAAAGGGCAAGCAUCGACUUCAGGAUCACUCAGAUGCACUGGAAAAGAUGGAAUCUACUUACAAACUCAACAUCCUCAAGGACAGGCUGGACUCGAAAAAGUACAAGAAGUGGAUGAUGCUUAUGCAAACAAAUUACAGAGGCCACCUUUAAAAGCGGAAGAUGCUUAUCCGAAACCGGUAUGGACCACACCUUUACAACCAGAAUUUAAACUUGGUGAGGCUCAGCCACUUCAUUUAGAGGCAACUGUCGAACCCAAAGAAGAUCCCAAUCUUAAGAUUGAAUGGUUCUUUAAAGGAAAAGCUCUUGAACAUGGAUCACGAUUCAAGAUGACAUCAGAAUUUGGGUUUGUGACACUUGAUUUAACAGAGGUUUAUGAACGUGACCAAGGUAUCUACACUUGCAAAGCCUGGAACAAAUCUGGCGAAGCUUUUACAUCUACAACAGUCUACUGCACAUCCAAAGCUGGUUUGAUUGAAAAAACACAACACCCCAAGGGUCAAGAAGGACUCGGAAAAAUUCAAGAGCUUGAAGAGUCACUUAGGAAAGAAGAUGCUAAACUUGCAGACAGUGAGGAAGGACAACCACCUGUAUUUACAUCUCAAUCUUAUUCCCAGAAUCCACCACAAUUCCUUACGCAGUUCCAGAAUGUAAGUAAUUUAAGUGAGGGUGAGAUUGCUCAUUUUGAAGCUUCCCUUACACCAGUCGGUGAUCAAACUAUGGUUGUCGAAUGGUUCUACAAUGGCAAAUUAUUAGAAGCGAGUCAUCGAAUCAGAACAGUUCAUGCAUUCGGUAUGGUUGUUCUCGAGAUACUCGGUACGAAGAUUGAGGACUCUGGCGUUUACACAUGCCGUGCCACAAACAAAUGGGGCCAAGCUGAGAUCAGCGUCACUUUGGAGUGUGUUGACAUGAGCAAGGGCCAGAAACCACAAUUUACCACCCAUAUCAAGAGUGUUGAAGGACUCAAAGAUGGAGAUUCAGUUCACUUUGAGUGCACUCUCAUCCCAGUUGGCGACCCGACGAUGACAGUCGAAUGGUUCCACAACGGGCGCCCGAUCAGACAUUCGACGAGAAUCAAACAAGUAUCAGAUUUUGGUUUCGUUCUCAUGGAUAUUGCAUAUACACAGACCCACGACACUGGUGAAUAUGUCUGCCGGGCCAAAAACAAAUACGGGGAAGACUUUACAAGAGCGCACGUCGUGUGUGUUGGAAAAGGAGGUGUCUACUAUGACACUCUUCAACCCGAUUCACUUCAGAAGAUCCGUGAACUUGAAUCAGGUGCAGGACCAACUCAAGCUGCACCCACUCCAGUAACAGAACCGCCAAGGUUUAUAACUCAGAUCCAAGAUGUUACAGCAUUAAAAGAAAGUCAAAGUGCUCACUUUGAAGCAAGAUUGACUCCUGUCAACGAUCCUAAUCUUGUGGUUGAGUGGUAUUUUAAUGGUAAAAAACUGCCCCAUGGUCAUAGAUAUAGAACUUUUCAUGAUUUUGGCAUCGUCAUUCUUGACAUUCUAUACUGUUAUGCUGAAAAUUCUGGUGAAUAUGAAUGCCGUGCGACUAAUCUCAUUGGAUCUGAUUCGACCAAAGCUGUAUUGAAAUGCUCAUCAAAGGCAAAUCUCAUUCUUACGUCCCAACUGCCAGAGGGAAUGGAAGGAGGUCUUGAAAAGAUUCAAAACCUUGAAGAAUCCAUGUACAAAACAAGAGAGCAACAAAUCAGUGAAACUAAAGGUCAAGCACCAGUUUUUACGGUGCCAUUAUCGAACAUCGAUAAGCUCCGUGAAGGAGAAAGUGCUCAUUUUGAAGCCAGGCUUACACCAACUGAUGACCCAAAACUCAAGGUUGAAUGGUUCUGGAACAACAAACCUCUUAGGACUGGUUCAAGAUUCAGAACUUUCCACGAUUUUGGUUUUGUCAUACUUGAAAUCUCGCCUGUAUAUCCUGAAGAUUCUGGGGAAUAUUCAUGUAGGGCUUCUAAUGAAUGGGGACAAGCUGUUACGACGUCUAUCAUGAAGGUUGAAGGCAAGAGGAGCAUUAUUAUGGAAUCACAAUUACCAAAAGGCAUGGAAGGCACUAUUGAUAAAAUCGCUGAACUAGAGGGCUUAGGGCAGCUCAGGCCUCCUACUCUGCCCGAAGAUGAUUUGGGAAAACCUCCAGAAUUUAUUACAUCUCCAUCGGAUCUCACUCUUGUAGAAUAUUCACUCGCUCACUUUGAAUGUAAACUCACGCCAGUUAAUGACCCCAGUCUAAGAGUAGAAUGGUUUCACAAUGGAAAACCACUUACUGCUGGAUCUCGUUUCAAAACCAUAAACGAUUUUGGAUAUGUAAUUUUAGAAAUCUCUGGUGUUGACACAAGAGAUUCUGGAUUAUAUACAUGCAAGGCUACGAACAAACAUGGAGAAGCGGUAGUGUCGUGCAAACUACAAGUGAGAGGAAGGCAAGGCAUCAUCAUGGAGCCUCAACUUCCAACUACAUUCAGUUCAGGAACUGAAAGCAUCCAAAAACUGGAAGAGGGUCUUCAUAAAAAAGAUGAAGUACUUCCAGACGAAGAGCAGCCAAAUCCUCCAAGAUUUGUUGUUGAACUAAAAGAUACUGAGUCUCUUGAAGGUGGCAAAGCUCAUUUUGAUUGCAAAGUGGAGCCAGUUAAUGAUCCGACUCUUCGCAUUGAUUGGUUCUUUAAUGGACGUCCUUUUGCAACCGGGUCGAGAGUCCAUAUGCUUAACGACUUUGGAUUUGUUGUCUUGGACAUGGAAUAUGUCUACGCUAGAGACUCAGGAGAAUACAUCUGCAGGGCAACAAACAAAUGGGGCACUGCUACAACUAAAGCCAAACUUGUAUGUAAAGCUAAACGUGAUGUCGUUCUUGAUUCUCAACUGCCUUUUGGCAUGAGUGGAGAGAAAUUGAAAGAACUUGAAAAAGGAAAAGCAACAGAAGCUAGACCUUCGGAUGAAGGUCCUCAAGUACCUCCAAAAUUUGUUACACAGAUUACAUCUGCAACCGUUGGCGAAAAUGAACCUGUGAGGUUUGAAUGCCGUGUUGAACCAAAGAAUGAUCCCACAUUGAGGAUUGAGUGGUACAGAAACGGCAAACUUCUACCUUCUGGCCAUCGUUUCAAGACAAUAUUUGAUCUUGGCUUCGUUUCCUUAGACAUUUUAUACGUGUACCCUGAAGAUUCAGGAGAAUAUGUCUGCCGUGCGGUCAAUGCUUACGGUGAAGAUUUCACCAAAGCAACUGUAUCUUGCAAGAAAGUCCCGUCCAUCAUUUUGCAAAACCAAGUUCCAAAGGGAAUGAAGAAGUCAGAACAGUUGAUGCAAAUGGAAGCUACUAUUAAGAAGUAUACUUCAGAAGUACAUCUGACUGAAGAAGAUUUGUAUGAGCCUGAGAAAAAGCAACCACCACGGUUUGUUACACAAAUACAAGAUCAAACAUCACUCGUUGAAAUGGAAGCGACUAAAUUCGAAUGUCAGCUUGCACCGGUCGGAGAUCCCAAUAUGAAAGUCGAAUGGUUCUUCAAUGGAAAACCGUUACACCACAAGAACAGAUUUACUCCCAUCUACGACUUUGGCUAUGUGGCCAUGAAUUUUGGUUGGGUAUAUCCAGAAGACAGCGGUGAGUAUCUCUGCAGGGCUACUAAUCUUUAUGGAAUGGACGAGACAAGAGCGAUAAUCAAGACCGCCGGUAAACCUGGCAUCAUAUAUGAAUCCCAACUUCCGAAGGGGAUGAAAAGCAUAGAGAGAAUCCGGGAAAUGGAAGCAUCAUGGCAGCUAUCACCUGAGGCAAGGGUAGAAGAAGAGAAAGAAAAACAGGGUCCCGUUUUUGUUAGUCACCCAGAGCCUGUAACUGUAGAAGAAGGUGAAUGUGCAAGAUUCUGCUGCAGAGUAACUGGUCAUCCAAGGCCAAGGGUCAUGUGGAUCAUUAACGACCACACUGUGGUUAAUGGAGCAAGGUAUAAGCUGACUUACGAUGGCAUGUGGCAUCUUGAUAUUCCUAAAACACGACAGUAUGACCACGGAAAAGUCGUAGUCCUCGCUCGCAAUUCAUCUGGUGAGGCUAAGGUUGAAACAACUUUGAAUGUGAAACCAAGAGGAGAUGAUUACAGAGGCGUACUCAAGAACUCUCCAAGACCAUGGUACGACACAGAAUUAAUCCCCUACCAGCAAGAAAGGAUGGAAACAGAAUUAGAAAAGGUUUUUGAAGAGAGACAGGCUGCACUUGCAGAACAAAAGGGUGUAGACUUCAAUCCAGAAUUGAACAAACAGAGGUCCAAAGAGCCAGAACCACAAUGGACGAAGUCUGUAAAAAAUAAAAAAGGAGAAGAAUAUUACAGCAAGCUGAGAGAGUUGGAAGAGGGACAGAUAGUGAAGGAAAACAGGCUGAGAGAAGCAUCACACCAGUUUGCAAUACCUGGGGAAAAAGUUACACAUAAGUCAGUAGCUAGAGGAAUGGCACAAAGCUAUGAAAGUAAUUUGAAAAAGGAACCAGAACUAAUGCCGUGGCAAAAAGGAAGGAAUUUAAGGCAAACAGGAUACCUCUCACAAGAUCAAGAACAAUCUGAAGAAGUUGCACAAGACCAGAGAACAACCGUGACCAGAGCACCAGUAGAUCCACUUGAAAGUACCGUCCAUGGCAAAGAGGUACAUACAGCUGUACAGAAACAAACCCAGAAAGAGGUAAAAGAUGACCAAGAAAUUACCAGAAAAAUUUCAACAACUGAAACAACUGAGGUUGAACACAAGGCAACAACACAGGAACGUGUGGUACAAGGACAAGUGAAACCCGCAAAACCGCCAGUGUUCACCAAGAAAAUCCAACCAUGCAGAGCUUUUGAAAAUGAACAGGCUAGAUUUGAGGUCGAAUUUGAUGGGGAUCCCCUCCCAAAAAUUCAGUGGUACAGGGAGGAUUUCCUAAUUCAGAGUUCGCCAGAUCUUCAAGUCCACACAUUCUCCACAAAAUCUAUUCUGGUACUCCGUCAAGUUUUCCUUGAAGACUCGGGAGUCUUCUCAGUCAUCGCAGAAAACAGGGGAGGGCGAGCAAAGUGCUCUGCCAAUUUGGUAGUAGAGGAAAGAAAGAGGGCUGGUCGAGGAGGAGUGGUUCCACCUAGUUUCCUCACAACGGUACAAAGUUCUGCUGUCACUGCAGGCCAAUUGGCAAGAUUUGACGCUAAAAUCGAUGGCUCUAAACCUGUAGAUGUCUACUGGUUAAAGAAUGGUAAAAAAAUUAGUCCUGAUAUAAGGUACAAGACCCUAGAAGAAGAUAAUACUUACACUCUUUUAAUUAUUGAGAGUGUACCUGAGGACUCAGGAAACUAUGAAUGUGUCGCAAUAAACAAAGGUGGAGAAGCCAGGUGCCAGGCGGAACUACUAGUUGACUCGCCAAAGAAGGGGCCUGGUAAAGUUGAUACAAAGCAAGGACCAGAAGUAGCACCAACUGUUGUUGAACCGCUUACCGACCAGGCGAAGAAAGAAGGCCAGCCUGUACUCUUUAAAUGCAAAAUAUCUGCCAAACCAGCUCCACAAAUUCAAUGGUUUAAAGGAAACCAGGCAAUAAAACUCAGUAAAUACUUCCAAAUGGGAAAAGAAGGAGACACGUACACACUGAGAAUAUCUGAGGCAUUCCCUGAGGAUGAAGGAACAUACAAAUGCGUCGCUUCAAACCAAGCGGGUGAAGUAAGCCUUUCUGCAAACCUCAAAGUUCUUGCUCCAGACAGUAAUGAAGUUGCACCGACUUUAGUCCCUAUGAGAGAUGUUGUUGUUGCUGAAGGAAGCUCUGCACAAUUCAGAACCCAAGUCACAGGAAAGCCCACACCGAACAUCGAGUGGUACAGAGAGGGCGAUUUGAUACCUCAAUCUGCUGACUUUCAGAUGAUUCAUGAAGGUAAAAAUGUAGUGCUUUUGAUUGCAACAACAUACGAAGAAGAUUCCGGAGUUUUCACAUGCAGGGCGACAAACUCAGCUGGGCAGACAGAAACUUCGGCAAAACUCAUCGUUAAAAGAUACCAACAAUAUACGCAAAAAACUGUAGUUAAAGAUCAAAAGGGUGGUAACAAGGAUAAAGGGGUCUACAAGAAAGGGGAUGUACAAGGGGAUUUAUCAUUAAGUAAUAUAGAGUAUAGUGAAGUUAGUGAUACUUCAAGCGAAACAGUGAGUGACAAAUUGGAAGGUGAAAGGACAGGAAGGCAAAUGACAAGAACAACAUGGCUUCAGAAAAGGGGCAGGUCAUUAGACACAAGGUCUGCAACUCCAUGGAGAAAGCCAAGAGAAAAAUCUCUGGACAGCCAAGUAGAUAGGAAAAGUGAAGAAGAAAAAAGAGCAGAAAAAACAACAAGUCAAAAAACAACACUUGAGUCAAAACCAAAACCACAACAAAAAGGUGUUCCAUGGAGACAAGAACAGGGUCAAUUGAAACCUGCCAAGAAAACACCUAAAGAAGUACCACAGGAACCAGAAACGGUUGAGGUGAAACCAGGUGCACCACAGGAAGAUGUUCCUUGGAGACAAAAACAGGUUCAGUUGAAGCCUGCCAAGAAAACACCCAAAGAAGCAACACAGGAAAUGGAAACUGUUGAAUUGAAACCUGGUGCACCACAGAAAGACGUUCCUUGGACACAAGAACAAGUUCAAUUGAAGCCUGCCAAGAAAACACCCAAAGAAGCACCACAGGAACCGGAAACGGUUGAGUUGAAACCUGUUGCACCACAGAAGGAUGUUCCUUGGACGCAAGAACAGGUUCAGUUGAAGCCUGCUAAGAAAACAUGUAAAGAUGUUCUUGAAGAACCUGAAACCGUCCAAUUUAAACCUUUAUCGCCUCAUUUUAAUGUUCCAGAACAGGUAACGGUUGAAAACAUUCAAAUACAAUCAAAUAUAACUCAGAUUGAAAAAGUUGAAUUCAGAGCUGACAGUGAACAAUUUGAGACUAAAUCAGAUGAGCGAAGGGAAAGAUUAAUUGAACAGUCUGAGAAAGAACAACUUACAGAGAAACGUAAGACAACUAAAAAGAAAGUGUCGGAUGAUGAAGAUUAUACAAUACUUAAAAUCUCAUUUGGAGUUAAAGAUACUUUAAAAAAUGAAGAAGACAAAACUCUGAAGAAAGAGAAACAUGUACGAAUCACAGAUGUAGUUGAAGAAAUCCCAGAAGAACUGAAUGAAGAAAUAAAACAUACGCCAGAAAUUAAAAGAGAAAAGAAGAAAGGAAUAAUAAAACCCACUAAACCGGAAGAUAUGGUAUAUUCAGCAUCAUCAGUGCCUGUACAAGAAGAAGAAAUGGAUGAAGAAGAUGAUGUACCCUUGAAACCUUACAAAAAAUCUGCCGAAUUAACUGGAGAAGUUCCUGAGUUAAAAGAUAAACCUGAAAUUCCCUGGCGAAGACAAAAACAAACAAAAGAUUCAUUCAAACCUGAAGAACAGGCCCCAGAGUCAGUAGAAUCACCAUCUGAAACACGCAAAGCUGAGGAACAACGUCCAACACCUUCCUGGAGAAAAUCAAGGCUUCUAAAGUCUGAAAAAGAGCCUUUGGUGAAAGAGUCAGAUACUAAACCUGAACCACAAGAAAAACCAAUGAAGCCCAAAUCUCAAGAAGAAGAGCCAAGAAAAUUGAUUAUGGGUAAAGGAAAAAUUCCUGACGAUAAGGAUGAAAGGGAGGCUGUCAAACUAAAGAAAAUACCUGAAAAGAAACCAGAAGAGAAACCAGAUGAAUCUGUUAAACCAAAAAAACCAUUGCCAGAAAAAUCUCUUGAAAGGAAACCCUCGGAAGAUGAAACAUUUAAACUUAAACCAAUCAAGGAUAUUCCAACUGGAGAAAGACCAGACGAUGUACCAGAUGAACCAACCAAGCAGGAAGAGGUGUUGUCUGAAGAACUUUUGCCUAAGAAACCCAAGAAAAUAAAAUUGAAAAAACCUGAUGAGGAAAUGCCUGAAGAGGAAUUAAAAAUACCAUUGGGAAAAGGCAAACCACAACCAUCAGAUGAUGAGGAGGGCAAGAAAUUUAGAAAAAAGCAAGGAGAGCCUGAACCUCAACCUUCAGAGCAAAUUAAAUUGAAACCAUGGAAAAAAGAGAAAUCUCCUGGCAAAGAUAAAGAAGCUGAGCCAGAAGUCGGCAAGCCAAAACCAUUUGUAAGUGAUGAUGACAAAUGGGAUGUAGAGCCAAAACUGUAUGGAACACCUCCCGAUAAAAAGAAACAGAAAAAACCCAAGAAAAAACCUGAUGCUGUACUGGGAGAUGAGGUUGUACCUGAGGUAACAGAACAAAAACCUGUUGAAGAACAGGUCGAAGAACUACCUUCUGAAUCUGAGACACCCUUGGUAUCUUCUUCUGUACCAGAAACUGUGGAGCCAACAGCUGAAAUACCUAAGUUAGAAGAGCCUGCAAUACCUUCCUGGAGGAAAACAAAGAAACCAAAGGAAAAGAAAGAGGAUGUAGUCCCUACCCCUACAGAAGAAUCAGUAUUGGAAAAAGUACAAGAAGAAGAAAAGCCAAAGAAAAAGAAAACUACAUCCAAACCUAGUAAGGAAAAACCAGAGGAACAGACAAAACUGGAACCUAUGAAAAUUGAUAGAAUGGAAAUGAAACCAAAUAAGGUAGAAGUGAGUAAAAUUGGAGAGGAACCUCUUUUUGCCACAGUGAAGCUCAAGAAAACUACUGUUCGUCCAAAGAAGGAUGUUGAAACACCCAAAGUACCAAAAGUACUACUUAAAAGUAGAAUUAUUCAUUUCCCAUGGCCACCAGCCUUGAAAACAUUAAAGAUAACAGAACUCGAACCAAUUUAUGUAGACAAUGGAAUACUAUCGAGAAAUUAUGAGGAAGCGAAACUAGUUAAGAAAACGAAAAGAAGAAGGGUGAAGUUACCAGAAAAACCUGAACCAGUCCUAGAAAAGUAUGAACCUUAUGAAGAGCCUGUAAAAGAGCCUUUGGUGAAAGAAUCAGAUGAUAAACCUGAACCAAAAGAAAAACCAAUGAAGCCCAAGCCUCAAGAAGAAGAGCCGAGGAAAUUGGUUAUGGGCAAAGGGAAAAUUCCUGACGAUAAGGAUGAAAGAGAGACUGUCAAAUUAAAGAAAAUACCCGAAAAGAAACCAGAAGAGAAACCAGAUGAAUCCGUUAAACCAAAAAAACCAUUGCCAGAACAACCUCUUGAAAGGAAACCCUCGGAAGAUGAAACAUUUAAACUUAAACCACUCAAGGAUAUUCCAACUGAAGAAAGACCAGAUGACGUACCAGAUGAGCCGAUUGAGCCAGAUAAAUUACUACCACAACCUCCCUCAACACCAGCGAAAUCAGCACCAAAGCCAAAGAAAUCUAAACCUGAACAACCUCCUGAAGAACGAGAAAUACCUUUGGGAAAAGGAAAGCCCAAAGAUUCAGAAGAAGAUAAAGGGAUAAAAUUAAAGAAAAAACAAGGGGAACCUGAACCUCAGCCUCCUGAAGAAAUAAAACUUAAACCAUGGAAAAAGGACAAAUCGCCAGAACCUGUCAAAGAAGAGGAGCCUUCUGGACCGAAGCUAAAACCCCUUCCCCAACACGAAGAACAAGAAGAAGUACAACCUAAACCUGUUAAGGACAAGAAAAGUAAAAAGAAAUUGACUGUUUCAACUCCUUCCGUAGAGGAAGUUCCAAAAGAAUCUCCUCUAGUUAAAAAGGUUCAGUUCAACAUACAAAAACCAACAUCCCCUCUACCUCCAAGAUUUGUUGAGCGCAUUCAACCCAUAAUUUCAGAAGAAGAACAAUCGGUGUUUUUCUCCUGCAUAUUUGAAGGCACUCCAAUGCCUACAGUUACCUGGUUUCACAAUGGAAAUGAAUUUAAUGCCACCCAAACAGAAACGGUUACUGUCUUUGAAAAUGUUGCCACCCUUAAGAUCGAAAAAGUAAGAAAGGAGCACAUCGGAACAUAUUCCUGCCGUAUUUCUAACCCAGCCGGAGUCGCUACUUGCACAGCAAACCUUGUCAUUAUAGAAAAACAGGAGGUAGGUGAAGCUCCAAUGUUUGUAAAGCCUCUCAAACCCAAGGUGGCAAAACGCAAGUCAUUAACUGUAAUGGAGUGUACUGUAAAAGGGAUGCCAACACCAGAGGUACGAUGGUACAGGCCUGAUGGAGAAAUCAUACCGGAUCACCUUCACAACAUCACAUUCAAUACCAAAACAGGAGAGUCGGUUCUCACGAUUGAGGAAACAACUGAAAUUGAUGAAACCAUAUAUUCAGUUCGUGCCGUUAACAAAUUUGGAAAAGCUGAGUGUAGAGCAAAUCUUGUUUUGAGUGAUGUGCCUGAAGAGAUGCAGCCUGAAAAAUUAGAAGCUCCUAGGAUAAUAAAACCUCUUGAAGCUAUAGUCGUACCUAAAGAUUCAACAGUUAAACUGGAAGUAGAGUUUUCUGGUUUUCCUCAUCCAAAUGUCAAAUGGUAUAGGAAUGGUAAAGAAAUAACUGAGACAACAGAAGAAAUAACUAUAGUUGAAAACAGAACUACUCUUGUAAUUAAGAAGACAACUAAAAAACAAACAGGAAAAUUUGAAGUAAGAGUAACAAAUAAAGCCGGUGAAGCAAGGACAUCAGGCACUGUUAAGAUUCUAGAAAUUGAAGAAAUAGAGGAAAUGGAAUCAGUACGAGCUCCAAAAUUCAUCAAACCAUUAAAACCUAAAUUUGUUUGUGAAGGAGAAGUAGUGAUAAUGGAAACACUAGUUGAAUCUUACCCUAUAUGCUCAUUUCAAUGGUUUGUCAAAGAUACACCUGCAAAGACAAGCCCUGAAGUGAGAAUUUCCAGUGAAGACAAUAAAUCGAUCCUCAUAUUUGAAAAAAUUAAAAUCGAAGACACUGGUGAAAUAACAUGCCGCGCUGAAAAUGUAGCGGGUAGUGUAACAUCUACAGCAACACUUUGUGUUGGUCCUGAAUCUGAAAUGACAACGCUUCGUUCGCCAUCAUUUGAACUGAAACCUGUAGCAGCGAAGGUCAUGGACGGUGAACCCGUACUUUUCAAAGCGAAGGUCACCGGUCAGCCCACUCCUCACAUUAAAUGGUGUCACAACGACAAGCCGGUUGUUGAAGGUAAGGAAAAAGUCAUAACACAGGACAGCGAGGGUGUCUGCCAAUUGGCAAUAUCAGAAGUUUUCCCAGAAGAUAGUGGAGUUUAUACAUGCACCGCAACCAACACCGCAGGAGAAGCUGUAGCAGCAACCACACUAGUUGUUGAAGCGUAUGAAUACAUUCCGGAUUCUGAAAUUGCAUCUGUCUCAGCUGGGACAUCAACACUACUUGCAGCACAAAGUGAAUCUGAAGAAGAUCUUUUAGAAAAGGAGACACUAGCAGAGCUACCAGAAGAGUUCUCAACUGCACCUGAAUUUGUAACACCUCUUCCUAAGAUGGUUCAAGCUGUCGAAGGAGAUGUCUUAAGGAUGACUGUAAAGGCCAAAGGCUCACCAAAACCAACUAUCCACUGGUACAAGGGUGGAGAAGAGCUCCAUGCAUCAGAAGAAUUUGACAUCGAGACAUUCGAGGAUGGAACAAGUAUACUUACCGUGCCACAGAUUUUCCCAGAUGAUAUCGGCGAGAUAGUCUGUGAGGCUCACAAUGAAGUUGGAGUUGCUCAAACUGUUGCGUUUAUUGAUUUACCAGGUAUUGUAGGCACGAAGGAGUACAGGAAGCCGGAAUGGGUGACUCACAUGGAAGACAUGCAGGAAAAAUUGAAAGCUCAACAAGCCGUUCCUACAUUUGUAAAGGAAUGUACCGAUUCCCAUGUAAAUUAUGAAGAGACUGUGGUGUUUGAUUGCCUGUUUUCUGGAACACCUCAACCAGUUAUUAUUUGGUACCAUGAUGACAAACUGGUGAGAGCGACUGAAAAUGUCGAAAUCAUCAUCAAAGAGAAUCAUACAAGGUUGACUAUUAAGAAAGCCAGGGAGGAAGAUGAAGGUACUUAUGUUUGCAAAGCGACAAGCAAUAUCGGUAUGGCAGUUACCAAGGCAAAACUCAAUAUAGUCAGUUAUGAAAAAGUUAAAGAAGAUAAAACAGAAGAAAUUGUGGAAGAAGUGGAGGUGAGCAAAGAAAAGAAGAAGAAAAAGAAGAAAAAGACUAGCGUGUUAAUGGAGGAUACUCUAAAAGAUUCAGUGAACGUGUCCGAAGUCCAACCCUUAGACAGUGUGACCACUUUCACAGAAACAAUAGAAUCCACAACUGCAAAACGAACAGUUGAUGUUCAAGAUUCUGUAUCAGUAACUGCAGUUGCAACUUGCAAGAAAGUUAGUGAAGAAGAAGAAUUCAAAGAGGAGCCAAAAGAGGAAAAGGCUAAACUUGUUGAACCUAUUAAAGAGUCGGUUGUUGUCUCUGAGACAGUUCCCGAAUCAAAAGUGGCAGAAAUGCCUUCAUGGAGGAAAAAGAAAACAGAAAAAGCCCAAGUUGUUACAGCACAACAAAAAUCAGUGAGUGUUUCUCAAACGGUGACUGAAGAAUCCGUUUCUGAGUUUAAACCGGAUGAUAAAGAACAUAAAGAAGCUUCUGUUGUUGAGAGUCAAACUCUUCAAAAGGUCAGUGUAUCAAGGACAACUGUAGAAGUAUCAGAAAUUGAAGAAACACUUGAAGGGUUAAAUAUAAAAGAAUUUGGCCCUUGGCAAGCUCCUCUUAGAGAAUUCGCUAAAGUUCAUGUUCUGAAGAGAAAAGGUGUUACUGUUGAAGAGGUAAUGACAUUAUAUGAUACCAAUGAAUUGCCAGCCCUGAAGACAGCAGCUGCACAAAAUGCAAUGGUUUCGUUAGUGGAACGUGUUGGGCACAGUUCGCUUAUAUCAGAGAUGGUUUCUCAUGAAUCGCUUGAUGAAACACUGAAAGGUGUAUUUAAAGCAUUCCUCACGAUGGUCGAUUUACAACAUGCGACAGUUCAAGAGGUCAUUUCGAUGUUCCGGCCAAGGGAUUUCCAAGCACCACAUUGGGAACAGAUUUCUACUAUGCCUGUGAUUGCAGAAGAAACUGCAACGGAAUCUGUCACAGAAACAAGUCAAGUGGAAGUCAAAGAAAUGAAGGCAGUUCGAAAAGAAAAGAAGAAGAAAAAAGAUGAAGUGGAAGAAAUCGUUGAGGAGGUGGAAGUGAUUAAAAGAAGGCGUGGUGAAAUCAAGAAGAAACCAAAACAAGAAGACGAAGAAGUAACCAUUACUGAGGUCACAGAUGAUUCUGGACCGGUAACUGUAAAAGAAAGUGAAAUAAUAAUUACUGAAACAGAAGAGAAAAAGAAAGAGGAUGAAAUUGUCGAUGUAAAAACAUCAAAGGUUAAAGAAAAGAAAACUAAAAUAAAAGAGAAAACAGAGGAAGAAGAAAUUAUCGAUGUGGAAGAGAAAAGUCAUAAAAAAAUUAAAAAAGUAUUAAAACCUCUCAAACCUAAAAUAGACGAAACAAGAGAUGAUGAAGAAAUACAACAAUUUGAAGUCUAUUCGGACCAACCGAUGAAGAGUUUGCCUUUUAUGACUCCAAAACAAGUCAGCGAAUCCACCCCUCAAGACAGUUCAUCUUUACUAGAAGUCACACCAAAAUCUGGAGAACAUGCAAAUGUUUCUGUUAUACCGCACACCGUCAUUUCCAGCGUUCUGACUAUGACUGAGGAGAAAGAAGCAGAGUCAGUGAAACCUGGCAAACUUGAUAAAGUGCAAGCGGUAAAAGUAAUAGACACUGUAGAACCAUUUUCAGUGUCAGAAGUAAGAGUUCACUCCAGUAUUGAAGAAUUCACUGAAAAAUUCAAGCCGAAACCACAAGAGGUCACAACUAAAUAUGUUCCUCAGGAAAGCAUUCAAGUCAGUGAAACGUCUGUUGAACAGACUGUCAAAGAGACAAAACACGUUACAGAAAAAUCAAAUAAUGCCAGCAUUUGUUUAGAAACCCAUGAAGCGAUGACUGUUUUAGAAACCAGCACAUCAAUCAAGGAAGAAGAAAUCAUUCCUGAGAAAUUUCCAGCCACGGCAGUUGCCGGAACUGGUAUAAUUCCACAAGAAGGGUUAACCAUAACAGAAAUUAAUCAAGGAAUAAGGGAAGAGAAAUUAAGUGAUAUGGUCAAACCUGUACCAGUAAAACCAAAAGUUGAUGUGUCUUCGACUGAGUCUUUAGUAGUUAGUGAAGUAUUUGCUGAAACUAAACCAAGCAAAUACUUCCCUGAACUUAUAGUUCCUACUGAAACUGCAAGCCAAACAUAUAUUCAGCAGCACACCGCUUUGACUCAACAGAUGACACUUCCAGAAAAAGAAGGGGAAUAUGUACCAAGCAAGCUCCCGCCUGGCCAAAAAGCAGGCUUAGGAUUAACUCCUGAGGAUUCAAUAACCAUAUCUGAGCAGCAGGUUCAUGAAAAGGAAGAUGAACUACAACCAAUUAAAAUGCCUGAAUGCACAUCAGCCACGGAAGAAAUAACUACAAAAGAGGGUCUUAUUGUUUCAACAGUUCAGCAUCAGGAUAAUGAAACAUUCUUAAAAAUUAAUAUCUUUGAGAGGAAAAAAGCUGAUGUAGAUUUCUCAAAUAAAGAAUCACUAAUCACAGUCGAAACCACUCCAGCAGAAACUGAAGCUGCAUUUGAAAGUGAAAAAGUCCCAACUUAUAAGUCAGCAGAAAAAAGUAUAUCAACUUUAGAGACUUCAAGUGUCUCCGAAACUACUGUCCAAGAAUCAACAGGAAGUUUUACUCCUAAAAAGACUCCAACAGCAUCAUAUGCUGAACCUUCUAUCAAACCAUCAGAACCGCUUAUCGUUACAGAAACAAAUAUUCAACAAACACCUUCAGAAUUCACAGAUAGUCUCAAAUAUAAAACUGACGGGGCCAAAACAACAGUUCAAACUGUUGAAGCCAAACAGGUGUCUACAGUUCUUUUGCAAGACAGUGAAACCCCAAUGAAGACUCAAGAUAUGCCUGAAAAAUUGAUUGUAGGUGAAACGACUACUGACAGAUUGACCAAACAAGGUGUAGUAAUCAGUGAAACUGAAACUGUCGAGAAAGAGGGUGUGCACAAAGAAUUUUCUCUUCCAGCCUUUCAUAGUGGUAAGACAGUUCCAACACAUCCACUUCAGUCUCUUGUUGUUGAACAGACGCUCAUUGAAGGAAGGACUGAAGACAUAGCUGAAGAGAAACCUGUUGAAACAGUGGCCAACUUAAGUCAAAAUGUUUACCAAGAGACAGUAUCUCAAAUUGUCAUAUGCAGUGAAAGUACAACUAGUGAAAAAGAACAAUUAAAAUUGGAAACCAAAAAUGCCAAUGUAAGUGUAUUGGAAAAAGAAAGCAUUGCUGUUACUGAAGUCUUUCCUGACAGUAAGACAUAUGACUACAAAUCUGAAGAAUUACCAAGCACUACUACAGCUUCUUCAUCAGUAACCGGUCAAACUAUAGCUACACAAUCAGAAACAUUGGUAGAGCAGAGUACAGCACCACUUUCUGAAGUUAAACCUAAAAUGAGUACUGCUAAAACUGGGCACGCUCCAUUGGAAGGUGUUAGUGUAUAUUCAAUGCAAACGGGAGAAUCUGAAUCACAAUUGACAAAAGAUAUAAUACCAGAUGCAAAAAAAGCAAAUGUCAAAUUACCCGAUGAAGUAUCAAGUAUUGCUGUUCAAGAGGUUUUGAGUCAUGACAAAGAAACAGAACUUAAACCACUCGAAUCAGUUGCUACAAAUGCCCAAACGACUUUCUUAUCAGGUCAUAAAAUUGCAACUCAGUCAGAAACAAUAACAAGUCUAAAAGAGGAAGAAAUAAAACCAACAGAACUUGAUACAAAAAAGGCUAAAGUGGGUAGCACUCCUUUCCAAGAAGUAUCAGUAACUGAAACUAACGUAACUGAAGUAGAGCAUAAAUUUGAUGAAAAGCCAGCACACAAUGUUCAAUGUGCAGAUGUUUCCUUAAUUCCUAAAGAAGGUAUAUCAAUAACGGAAGUUUUUGCUGAAGAUAAGGAGAACGUUUAUAGAAGUCAAGACAAACCUGAAGAGAAAAGUGCUGCAUUUGAUUUUAUAAGUCAACAGGUGGUACAGAAAGAAGAAGUGGUUGUUGGUAUUGAACCGGGAAAGUUUACAAGAAUAUCUCCAACAAAAGAGCAAGCUGUUUUAGAGCAUACUGUAAUCCAAUGUGCCGUGUCACAAGAGCAACAACUUGGAGAAAUAGAAAGUGAUUUCAAUGCUCCUGUAAAGCCCAAUGAAAAGUUAGCAAAGAUGGUGUUUGAACAAGGAGACUACUUAAAAAUUACUGAAGUGAAUCCAAUGGAUAAAGAGAGGGUUCUUGAAGAGGAGGUGCACCCUUCAGAGGUUUUUGCAACUCCCAAUGUCAAAUCUCACACUGUAGCAUCAAAGAAAGAGAUCCUUUUAGAUACAGCAGUUGGAAAAUUGUCUGAUUUCAAACCAGAGUUGACCUCUGUUACUGAAAGUCAUAUAGUUCCUCAAGAGACGCAUAAAAUAGCGACAAAAAGUGAAAUAAUGACUGAAACUACUACUGAUAAAUUUAUAGAACAAAAACCGACUGUUGCUUCAGCACAUAUUGACCAGGUACCAUUUGAAAGUUUCGUUACUUCAGAAGUGUCUGUCAUAGACAAAGAAGGAGAAGUAUCAGAAUUAGUAAUUCCAGAAAGAAAGUGUGCUAUUCCAGAUGUUGUGUCUCACCAUGUCGUGGAAAUAGUCCAAACUUUCUCUGAAAGCUCUACAGGUGAUAUUGUAACUCACACAUCAAAAAGGACAACUGCUUACAGCUCUCAUAUUCCUUAUGAAACAUACAUUGAACAAGAGCCGAUAAUUCAAGAAAGCGAAGAAGAAUUCCAAACCACAUCGACAUCUAAAAAGAGUGCAGGAGUUGGUUUUGAAGAAGGGAGAUCUAUCACAAUAACAGAAGUGGAAACCGGUGAAGGUGAAACUCCUUAUAUGGUUGAAGAAGCCCCAGAAACUCAUUCUGCAAGACCUGAUAUUUUGCAAGGCAAGGAAGUAGCCCAACAAAAUGUAACUAUAACUGAGAUUGGGAUUGAACCUCUAGAUUCUGCUAAACCUAAAGAGCAGCCAAAGCCAUGCCAAGCCAAACGAACAGUAAUUAGCCAAGAAUCUAUCCAACAAAUGCAGACGGAAGCAAGAAUAGAAACAGAACCGCUGAAGACGGACAAACCAGAAGAAGUAUCAGCUACAUUAAAACACACAACUCUUAAAAGUGUUCAAGUGUCUCAGGGAAUAACACAGGAGCAAGAAGAAACUUUCACAAGUAAAUUAAAACCUACAGAAAGAAAAGCAGACGUAGAUUUUGAAGAUAAUCCAGUAUUAAGCAUUUCUCAAGUAUUAACAGAGCAUAAAGAAGAAGAGCUGUUAACAAAAGCAUUACCAGAUGUAGUGAAAGCAAAGCCAGAAUUUAUUCCAAGAGAUGUUGCCCAGCAGAGCCAAGUUGUUUCAACUUUUCAAACAAGUGAUUUAAUACCAGAAAAACCAAAGGAAAUGUUUGCACAAGCUGAACACAUUUUACAUCAAAGCAUUUCACAAUCUCAAGUUUUAAUAACUGAAAAUGAAAAUGAAUUUCAAGAGAAAGUCUUAUUUGAUGUUAAAAAAGCGAAUGUAGUAACAAGUGUCAAUGAAGGUUUAACAGUCGCCCAAACUACAGCAGUUGAUGAAGAAGAGGAUUUCAGUUCGCGUUUAGGCUCCCUAGACAUCCUUUCUCCUACCUGUAAAUCCGCUAAACCAUCCACACCAAUACAACAGCAUCUGACUGUCACCUCUCAUAACCUGGCUGAAGUCGAAGAUGAACUGAUUUUGGAAACCACUCCUUCAUCAAAACAGAUUGAACCCAAUUUUAAGGAACAAUCGACCAAUCUAAUUGUCACAGAAGUCCAGCCUGAUAUUAAAGAGGGUGAGUGUGUGUUUGAAAAUGUACAAAACUUGCAGACUGGUACUGUUGAUUUUGUGUUAAACACUGCAUACAGCAGAGAAGAAGUUGUGUGUGAUUUAAAUGUACCAAACUUGGAAUUGACUCCAAGAAUUUUAGGGCAAGCGACAAAAUCUCAAAACACUCAAGAGGCAGUUCAAAUACAGGCAGAUGUAUUAAUUGAAAAAGAAGGUAAGUUGUCUGAGGAGACAACAGUCGAUUCUAAGCAAGCUAAUGUAAUAAUUGAUACAAUUACUAUUCCCAAUAUACAAAUGCAGCAUGUAAAUGAAACAGAAAAGCCACUGAACAUUGAGAAAGUAAUCAACAAGAUUGCAAAACAAGAAUUAAUUUUAGCAUCAUCGACACAAGUCUAUCAGACAGAAAUACUCGACAGUAGUGGCAAAUUAACAUCACCAAAAAGAGACACAAAAACUAUUGAUACCACGUAUCUUCCAAAUGAAAGUCUAGUAAUUACAGAACAACAGUGUGAUGAAAUCACUGGAUCAUUUGAUGCCCCCAAAUUGUUAGACGCAACAAAAGCAACCAUUCAAAUAACACACGCUCAUCCCCUUGCUAUUGGAGAAACACAGACACAAGAAACAACCCAAACAAUGACUGCAGAUCGCAAACCAGUUGAGAAAAAUGUACAUCCUGAAUUUAUUGAACAUAAAUAUACAUUGCAAGUGGAAGAUGUAAAAUCAAAUUUCACUGUUGGACUGGUAGAAGAAGAUACUACACAAUUAUCGACAGCAAUUGAAACAUUACCAUCAAUAGAAGUCCCUAUUGUACAACAAGUUUUUCUAGGAGAAAAUGUGUCAGAUUUAUUUGUUGUACCAUCUCCAACAGAGUUUAAUGCAAAUCCUUCUGCUAUACCUCGCCAAGUAGCCAUCACAGAAGUUCCACAAAUUGAAGGGAAUACACAAGAUAUUAAAACAGAUUCGGCUAGUCAUGAAUGGGCAUCAGUUGAUAUUGUGCAAAGUCAGGCAAUCAGUAAGGACCAGCCAAUAACAUUUGAAAACACUGAACAAUUCACUAAAGAAGUAGUAACAGAAAGAACUGCCAAAAUUAAUGUAUUGCCGAGGGAGACUGCAAUCACACAAGAAACAAUAGCAGAACAGAAAACUGGUAAAUAUGAAGAUGAUCGGAAACAAAGUGUCUCUUUUCUAACUGAAUCAGAACCCAUUAUAACGCCUUUAAAUACUGUAAUCACUGAAACUCUUACAACACUAGAACAAUUAACAGAAAGAGAAACAAAACUCAAAAAAGAGUUAGCAAAAGCAGUCACUCAGAUUGAAGAUAUUAAACUUGCAGUGAAUGAAAGCACCAUGAUUGUUGAAAGUGAAAAAACUCUAGAACAGAAGGCUGAAGCAUUUAAAAGCAUACUAGAAAGCAAACUCUCUGAGCCAUUAAUGGUGGCGAAUAAAUCAGUUACUAUCCCAGAAUGUAGCUUAGGGAAAGAAGAAGAAUUAAUUUUAAAUGAACAAAAGGCAGAUAAAAGCAUAAUUACUGCCAAUACACUGACAACUGAAAGCAUAGUUACAGCAGAAACAUUAACACAAUACCCCACCGAUGAUGAACACACUGUAAUGACACAUCAGGCAAAGCAAAAAUUGAGCCCAUCCGAAGCGAUUUGUACAGAAAAUGUUGAAGUAAAAAUAUCUGUUGGAGAUGUUAAAAAAGAAUCCAUUGAAAUUGGAAAUGUCAAUGUAAAGGUAAUUGAGAUGAAGACACCAUUGAUAGAGGAAACCAAGUCAAUUGAGUCAACAGAAGAAUUAACAAUAAGAAAACCAACAUCAAUCAUAAAAUCCCCAAAUCUCGACGUAGCACAGGGCUUAAAUACCGAAGAACAAACCAUAAUAGAAACCACUGACCACUUAUCAUCACCCUACUUCGAGGAAAACGCACAAACAUUAACGGUAAUAGAACCGUUGCCAAUUGCAGAACAUAAAGAAUUAUUUACAGUACAAGACAAAAUUCAAGAUGCGAAUGCACCCACAACACUUAAGAAAUCAAGAGGAAAUGAACAGCCAGACGAAACGACUCUCUCUACACAAACAUUGGAAACGGAAAAAACCGUUACAUUAAAAGAAACGCCAGAACAAAAUGGAAAGAAAAUUUCGGAACCAAAUAAAAUGGACGUGCCAGAAGAAAUAACAGAUGAAGAUAAAAGCCAUACUGACAUAAGAACAACAUCAAAAAAAGAUACACAAAUCACUACACGACAAGCCGAGACAACACAAGAUGUAAGGAAAAAAUUAUCACCAGUAACAAUGCAGGAUGAUGGCAAAGAAACGGAAGAAACAGGUCCAACACAGAGAAAGGAGAAAAUUGACAAAGAUAGUACAAAAGAACCGCAAUGUGAGUUAGUUGUCAGUAAGCCUGAGCAGAGAGAUUUUCCAAAAACUGAAGAACCAAUGAAAACAACUGAAGAGGCUGUGAAAACAACUGAAGAGGAUGUGAAAACAACUGAAGAGCCAAUGAAAACAACCGAAGUGGAACAACCUGAAAUAAAAGAAAAGCUUCCCAAAAAAAUGAAGAAGAAAAGAGCACCUGAAAAGAAGGAGGAAGAAGUUUUGGAGCCAGAAGAACCAAAAGAAAUUAUAGAAAAAAUUGAAGAGAGUCCUAAAAAGCCUGAAGAAGAACUACACAAGCCAGAAAAGGUUAAACUGACCCCAAUGAAAAUUGAAAGGAAAGAAACCAAGCCCCAAAAAAUAAAAGUCAAUGAAGAAAAAGAAAAGCAACCACUUUUUGCAACAAUAAAAUUAAGAAAAGCCUCUACAAUACCCAAGAAAGAAGAGGAACCAAAAGAAAUCCCUAAAGUUUUACUUAAAAGUAGAAUUAAAAAAAUUGAAUAUCCUCCAAUGAUUAAACAUCAAAUAAUAACAGAACUUUCGCCAGUACAAGUUGAUAGUGGAAUUCUUUCUCGAAACUAUGAAGAAUCUUUAAAAAUAAAGAAGAAAAAAGUGAAGAAAGUAAAAUUACCAGAUAUUGAAAAAACUGAAUUAGAAAAAUAUGUCCCAUAUGAAGAAGAACAACCUCAUGAAGCCACACAAUCAGAAGAUAUCAAGCCAGAAAAACAAGUAAAAAUGCCAGUUGAGGAAAAAGAAGAACCAAUGAUCAAAAUACAAAAAGGUAAAGGGAAAAUACCUCAAGAAGAAGAAAAACAUGAAACAGUAGCUUUGAAAAAAAUACCUAAGAAACCUCAAGAAGUGACUGAAGAAGAAGAAAAGAAACCUGUAAAACUUAAACCUGAGUUAGAUAAAAAACCAUCAGAAGAAAAAGAUCAAACAUUCAAAUUGAAACCAAUCAAGCCAAUUAGUACAGGAGAGCCAACAGAUGUAGAGAAACAAGUCAUUGUCCCUGAAAAAGCUCCUGAAGAACCAGAACCAGAAGAAAAAACAAAAGUGAUGAAGAAACCAAAAGAAACCAAACCAACUGAUAUACUUGAGCAAAAAACUAUUGUACUUGGGAAAGGAAAGCCGAAAGAACCAGAGCCAGAGCAAGAAAUUACACUUAAAAAGAAACAAGGCCCUAAACAUCCUGAAGAACCAGAAACUAUUAAACUAAAGCCAUUUGAAAAAGAAAAACCAACUCCAGACCUUGAAGAAAAAGAAAUUUCCCUUGGUAAACCAAAACCUAUGGACAUAGAACGGCCUGAGGAAGAAGUGGAAAAAGUAGAAUUCUCAGUAGAUGUCAAACAAAAGAAGAAAAAGAAACAGCCAACCCAACCAUUAAAAGAUGAUACUAAAUCAGAAGAAGAAAAAAAACCUGAAGAAACACAGCCAACAGAAAAAGAUUUACCAGCAGGUACUGUUGAAACAGUGCCAACACUGGAACAGCCUGAAGAAUUGACAAAGCCAGAAGAAGGUGGUUUGUUGGCUGAAAUAUUGAGAAAAGUUGAUGCGAAAACUCCAAAAGUAGAGAAACCAGAAAUCGAUGAGCCCAAAAAGAAGAAAACUAAAUUAGUUAAGAAGACUACCAAACAACCUGUUGAAGAGAAACACAAACAGCCACAGGAUAUGACAUGUGAUGUACCCAAAUUAGAUGAAGAAAAACCUGAACAAAUUUCUGAGGAUAAAAAAGUGAAAGAGCCAACAGAUAUUCUGGUUGAUGAUACUAAAGCAGUAGAGGAACAAAAACCAGAUGAAAUGCCACAACCCGAGGUAAAAGAUAUUCCUAAAGAACCACAGUCAACAGUUGAAGAACCUGAAGAGUCAACACCAGAUGAAGGUGGUUUGUUGGCUGGUGAAGAAGUACAGUAUGUUCCUGAUAAAGAAAAGAAGGAAAAGAAAAGAAGAACUGUUACUAAACCUCACAAAAAGCCUGCUGACAAAGAACAAGAAGAAGAGCCAGAAGAACCAAAGAAAGAACUUGAGAAACCAGAAGAAAUUCCCAAACCAGAAAAACCUAAAAAAUUGGUGAAAAGUACUAUUGAAAAGGUAGAAGUAAAACAAGUGCAACCUAAAAAACUGAAAGUAGAAGAACUAAAACCUGAACAGCCCUUUUCAAUUAAACUUAAAAAAGUUAAAAUACCUGAAAAGAAAGUAGAAAAGCCAAAAGCAGAAUUACCAAAAUUUUUACUCAAAAGCAGAAUGCAAAGAANAGAGGAGCCAAAACCAGUUGAAAUACCUCUUCCAUUGGUUGAAGAACCUAUACCAGUUCCCGAAGAACCUGAAAAACCUGAAAAACCAAAAGAUAAACCUAAGCUGGUGCCACAAAAAAUUGAAAGGAAAGAGGUCAAACCUAGUAAAAUCAAGAUGCAAGAAAUUACCCCUGAACAACCAUUAUUCACAACAGUAAAACUAAGGAAAUCAUCUGCCACUCCAAAACCUGAGGUUAAACCAAAAGAACCAAAGCGUCUUCUUCUUAAAAGUCGUAUUACUAGAAUUAAUUAUCCUCCAGAAGAGCUUAAAGCAGUUUUUACAGAUCUUCCGAAGGUAACUCUGGAUCAGGGUGUACUUUCCAGAAACGCCAAAGAAGCUAUCAAGGUUAUUAAAACUAAAGUGAAAAAACCUAAACUUCCUGAAAAGGAAGAAACAGUUUUGGAAAAAUAUGAGCCGUAUGUGGAAGAAAAAGAACCUUGUGAGGAAACACCUGAAAAGGUAGUUAAACCACGUCCCAGGCCAUCUGUGUCUGUUCCUGAACCAGAAGAAACAGUAAAGUUGAAAUUAGGAAAAGGCAAAUUAGAAGAGGUAGUUUCCGAGCCUGAACAGAUAAAAUUACGGAAAGUUACACCAAAACCUCAAGAGGAAGAAGAAGUCACAAUAAAACCCAAGCCAAAGGAAGUAACAGAAAAACAACCCGAGAAAGUGCCUAAACCAAUAAAACCUACUGAAGAAUUGAAACCACUGGAAGAAUUCAAAUUUGAUGACAUACCAAUUGAAAAACCUGAAAAACCAAAUGUUGAUCAAGAGGUAAAAGAAAAAUCUUUAGAAGAACCAAAACCUAAACUAAAGAAACCUAAGGAAAAGAUGCCUGAGGAACCUACAGAAGAAAAAAAGAUAAUUCUUGGUAAAGGUAAGCCUCAGCCUGAGGAUGAACCUAAAGACAUAACUUUAAGAAAGCCAAAGCCUAAGGAUUUAGAGAAACCAGAACCAGAAGAAGUUGUACUCAAGCCAUUUGUUAAAGAAAAACCAGAAGAUGAGAAGCCUGAAGAGGUGGUGGCAGAACUAUCUUUGCCUAAACUCAAAGAAAAGCCACAAGAAGAAGAGCCUGAAAAGAUUUCUAUAAAAAAGAAAGUACCUAAGAAAAAGUCUCCUGGGGAAGAAGAAGAAAUACCAACCACCAUAACACUGAGGAAGCCUAGCAAACCUAGUUUGGAAGAAAAUGUCGAAACUGAAGUGGUUCUUAAAAAAGUUGAGGAAAUUUAUACAGAAGAAGAAGCUUCAGACAGUAUCACACUAAAAAAGAAAGCACCUAAACCAAAACCUGUCCUAAUAGAAGAGGCAGAAGCAGAAAUAGUUAUAAAAACAGAAGAACCAUCAAAAGAAAUUGUAGAAACAUCCUCAGAAGUUGUAACUCUUAAAAAGAAAAAGCCAAAAGAACGUAAGCCCGAAGAAGAAACGAUGUUAAAAGUCAUAUUUACACAAAAACCAGAAGAGGUUUCUCAGCCGGAAGAAGAAGUUACAUUGAAAAAAGUUGCACCAGUAGAAGAUAUUACUGAAGAAUUUACGUUAACUAAAACUCUCAAAAAGCCAGUAAAAGAAAGUGAUAUAAAUGAAGAAAUAACGAUAAGUAAAUUAAAACCAGCUGUCAAAGAAGAAGUAACAAGUGAGGCUGUAGUAAUUAAACCAAAAACACCAAAAAAGAAAUUUUCAGUAUCUGAAGAAAGUGAGGAGCUUACAAUCCAAAAAACUGAAACCGUAGAGCCUGAAGAAGCACAAUUUGUUUUAAAGAAACCUAAAAGGCCAAGUAUACAAGAGGAAAGCUCACAAGCAAUAACUCUAAAAAAACCUAAAAAGCCUCAAGUGCAAGAGGAAGAAAUUGUUGAGUCUGUAACAUAUGUUCCAAAGAAAGAAAAACACAAAGAAGAAGUAGAACAAGAAUUUAAAAUCAGGUUAGGCACAUAUGAAGAGGAGGAAGUAGAAAUGACAGGGAAAGUAAAGUUACCCAGAAAAAAGAAGCUUUCCUUUGCCGAGGAAGCAAGUUCUGAAACUAUUUUCAUUCAAAAAGAAGAAGAAGAAGAAAAAGAAGAAGUCCAGCUGCCAGUUAAAAGAAAACCUUCUAUGACUCAAUACUCAAUUGAAGAAGUUAAAGAAGAACAAGUACAAAUUGGACUUAAAAAGCCAAAACCUAGAAUAACAAAGAAAGAGGAGGUGGAACAAGAAUUCAAAGUGAGAAUUGGUAGUUAUGAGGAAGAGGAAAUCGAGAUGACUGGGAAAGUUAAACUUCCAAGAAAAAAGAAACCAUUAUCAUUCGAGGAAGAGGCUAGUUCAGAGACAAUAAUUAUCAGGGAAGAGGUUGAUGAAGGACCAGAAAGUAUACGUUUUCCGCUAAGAAGAAAAUCAUCUACAUCUCAGUACAGUGUCCAAGAGGUUGAGGAAGAAAUACAAUUGGGCUUAAGAAAACCCCGAAAAGAGUCUAUCGUUUAUGAGGAAGAAUCCCUAGAAUUAAAAGUGAAGAGGAAGCCAUCAAAACCUACAAUACAAAGUUUCCACCAAGAAGAAGCAUCACUGCAGAUUACAAAGAUUGUUGAAGAGUCGUCAACUGGUGACAAGAAGGUGACUGAGAUAGUAGGAACACCAUUGUUCUCAAUCUGUUCGUACAUCGCCGAGACAGAAGAUGCGCUUAACUUGGUUGAGGGAGAAAAAGUUUUUGUAAUUGAGAGCAACAAUUCUGAUUGGUGGUUCGUUCGCAAAAAUCUGACUGACGAGAAAGGCUGGGUGCCUGCCGUUUAUCUGAGAGAUGAACCAUCUUACAAACUCUACGUACAGAAGAAGCUUCAUGAAAAAAUAGACAAACUUCUGGUCUUUGAAAAACCAGGCCCAAGAGAGGAUGUUUUUGCACCUAAAUUUACUGAAAAGCUGCAACCUGUUUAUGCCCCUGAUGGAGCCACUGUCCAGUUUGAGUGUAAGGUUGAAGGAAAUCCAAGACCUCAAAUAACGUGGUUUAGGCAAACUGCAAUAAUCAAACCUUCAAAUGAAAUCCAAAUUUACUACGAUGAUGACAAUGUUGCCACAUUGAUUAUAAAAGAAGUUUUUAUUGAGGAUGCUGGUACUUUUACUUGUGUUGCAAAGAACGCCGCAGGUUUUGCUUCUAGCUCAACAGAGCUCAUUAUUGAAACACCUUUGUCGAAACAUGGAUCAGACACAACUGGGCUUUCAAGAAAAAGCCUUUCUAGGGAAUCGUCAUUGGCGGAUAUUCUCGAAGGAAUGCCACCCACCUUCUCUCAAAAGCCGAAGGCAAAGGUUGUUCCUUUAGGCAGUGAUGUUGAGAUGGAAGUCAGAUUGGUUGCUGUCCCGGAGCCAGACGUAAUAUGGUUUUUUAACGGCAAACCUGUUAAACAAACUUCAAACCUUAAAGUCACAUUACAAUCUGAUAUGCAUACGUAUGUAAGCACUAUGAAGAUAACUAAGGUAAAACAAGAACAGGAGGGAUCAUACACGAUAUUAGCUAAAAAUAGAGAAGGGGAAGCCACAGUCGAUACGUUUUUAAAGAUCAAGACCGGGGAGCCGGAAAGCCCAGUGGUUGUUGACAGGCUCAAAGACAUCGCAGUUGCCGAGGAUGAUGGCAUCGUACUGACUGCCCGUGUAACAGGAGUGCCUGCUCCAAAAGUGGUGUGGCUGAAAGAUGGCAAACCUGUAAAAUUAGAAACGUCCACAUCAGGGGAUGUGUACACAGCAGUAAUCCGCAACGCAAAGUUAACAGAUGCAGGAAAGUACACUCUUGAAGUGUCCAAUCCGCAUGGAAAAGCUACCACAACUGCACAAGUCAUUGUUCAUGAAAAAUAUAAACUACAAGCACCACUGUUCAUUGAAAGAUUUGAAGAAGUUAAAGUACGCGAGAAAGGAACGAUUAAAUUAAAAGCAAAAGUGGUCGCAAAUCCAAUUCCUACGGUUACAUGGUUCAGAAAUAACAAAACACUUUUAGCAUCACUGAGGAUAACUGAAAUGUUUGACGGUGAGCAAAUAUUGCUUGAAAUUGUCGACGCUGAUUCUGAACAAGAUGCAGGCGAUUAUAAAUGCGUCGCUACAAACUCAGCCGGGUCAGCUACUCACGGCGCAAGAGUUGUCGUUGAUGUUGCCAAAGUAUCCUUUACCAAAAAGUUAUCACCAAAAGUUGAAGUCGACGAAACGUGUACAAUCACCCUCGAGUGUGAAACGUCUCACACGGUUUCAACCACUUGGUUCCAUAAUGGAAAAGAGCUGAGUGGAAUGGACAACAGAGAUAUCAUCCAAGAAGGAAGAUUACAAAAACUCGUCAUAAAGAGAGCCACGCCAAAAGAUCAGGGAGAAUAUACUUGUUCGGUCAAAGAUCAAAAAACGCAGACAGACCUUGUCGUACAUGAGGUUAAACCAGAAUUUGUACGAAAACUUGAGGAUUACGAAGUCAAAGAACUUGAAUGUGCAGUCCUUGAAGUUGAAGUGACAUCUGAUACGGCCAAAGUUCUGUGGCAAAAAGAUGGAUUACCUCUUGAGGCUAAACCUGGUAAAAUUGAAAUGGAAAAACGCGGUACAGUUCACAAAUUGUUCAUCAGAAGUACAUCUGUUCAUGAUGAAGGAGAAUAUACAUGCCAGCUUGAUGGUGAUGAGUGUUCUGCAGAGGUUACUGUAAUUGAAUUGCCACCAGAAAUCUGCUCCCACUUACAAGACACCAGUGUACCUAAAGGUGAGAAAGCUUCGUUUGAGGUUGAACUGACGAAAGGAGAUGCUCUUGUCCGCUGGUUCAAGGACGAUGUUGAACUACAUUUCUCAGAACAUGUACAGUUGUCAAUCGACGGUAAAAGGCAAAAAUUGAAAAUCUACCAAGUCGAGGAAAAUGAUGCUGGUGUCUACUCGUGUAAAGUUGGCGAACAGGUUUCUAAAGCAAAACUUACUGUUGAAGAACCUGAAAUUGAAUUUGUAACAAGACUCCCUGAUGUGACUAUGGUGCCUGUUGGUUCUGAUGCAGAAUUUGUCGUUGAGCUUUCCAAGCCUGAUGUUGACGUUAAAUGGUUUAAGAAAGGUAAAGAGAUCAAACCUUCUGAUCGUUAUAUCAUCACAUCAUCUGGCACUAUGAGGAAGCUUAUAAUUAAAAAAGUUACACUAGAAGAUCAAUCAGACAUUUCUUGCAUGGCACUAAAUGUCAGAACAGUUUCAAAACUGAAAAUUGAAGUUAUAGAGACAGCACCUAAAAUUAUUCCUGGAAAGAAAGAAUAUAAGGUGCAGAAAGGAGAAGAUGUCACAAUAACAGUUAAAUUCACAGCGACACCUCAGCCAAGUGAAGAAUGGACAGUCAAUAGCACUGUCAUCAAGCCUUCUAAGAGAAUUCAAAGCAGAGUAGAAGAAGGUGAAGCAUCUCUUACAAUCAAGAAGGUUGAAGAAAGCGAUGUAGGAAGUUACACGCUAAAACUGAAGAACAGCGUUGGUGAAGCUUCAGCUGAACUCACAUUAAUAAUAAUCGAAGUUCCUGAUGCACCUGGUACACCCGAAGUGGUUGAAGUAACUGAUAAAUCUGUAACCCUUCACUGGAAAGAACCGAAGAAUGAUGGAAACUCACCAAUCACAUCCUAUGUUUUGGAACAUCACGACAAAGAAGAAUUUUUAACCUGGCGUGAGAUUUCAAAUAUUGUCGAACAAACUUACAAAGUCACUGAAGUGAUAAAAGGACAUGAAUAUAACUUCCGUGUGUCUGCCGUUAAUGCAGUAGGAAAAGGCAAAGUGUCAGAAUCAUCUAAAUACGUCAAAAUCGAAAUGCCUGGAUCUUCACAGCCACCAAUGUUCAAGCAGCCACUUGAAGACAAAUCAUGUGGUCUUGGAAAGUCUAUCACACUGAGCUGUGUCGUGACUGGUUUACCCGAUCCAGAGAUCAAAUGGUUCAAAAAUGGCAAAGGAUUGAAGAUUAAGACAAUAAGCUACGUAGAUCACAUAGCUAAAUUGACUAUUGAAAAUGUCGUAGAAACUAGCGGCGGCAUGUACAGCUGUAAAGCAAGCAAUGCAGCUGGCACUGCUGAAACAUCUUGCAAACUUCUUGUCCAAGAGGCACCAUCGCUCAACAUUGACGAGGAGAAACUAUCGCAACGCUGUUCAGUAUCUUCACAGCUAAAACAGAUCGUGGAGUUUACUGGAUUCCCCAAGCCAGAGAUCACUUGGUGCAAAGAUGGUGCUCAGCUAUCCACAGACAAACGUGUGACAACUUAUAUAGAUGAAAACACGACUACUCUUGCAAUAUAUUCUACAGACAGAAAAGACACGGGAACUUACACUGUAACAGCUACAAAUGUAGCGGGCACAGCAACUCUGGAUAUCAAGCUACGCGUCAUUGAUAAACCUGGAAGACCAGAGACUCUUGUGAUCAAGGAUGUUGAAGCCGAAUCUGUGGUUGUACAAUGGACACCACCUGCCGAUGAUGGUGGUAUUGAUAUUUCUAAAUAUUCGCUGGAAAAACGCGAAGUCGGAAAGACCAGUUGGACAAAGGUCGCUGAUAUUGAAAGGGAUGUGACUUCGUACAUUGUGCAAAGGCUGCAGACAAACGCAGAAUACAUGUUCAGAAUUUUCGCCCUUAAUCCAGUUGGCGUUUCGGAUCCACUUGAGAGUGAACAAGUUACCAUUAAAUCUAAAUUCAGCAAACCAUCUCCCCCUGUUGGGCCUAUGGAAAUAACUGGAAUGACUGAAUCAUCAUGCACUAUCGCGUGGGGAGAGCCAUCUUCUGAUGGAGGCACCCCAAUAAUUGAUUAUUCCAUUGAAAAGAAACUAACGUCUGAAACAUACUGGAUAAAGGUGGGGUCAUCCAAAGAGCUGAAGAUGGUUAUAACUGAUCUUUUGAAGGAUGAGAAGUAUGACAUACGGGUAUUAGCUAGAAACAGAGUCGGUCUAAGUGAACCGCUCAAUUCCGAUGAGCCGAUCUUAGCCGGAGUACUGAAAACACCUCCUUCACCACCAAAUAAUAUUUUAGUCAUGAAUAUUGCAAGUAAGAGUGUAACGAUCCAGUGGGAGCCCCCAACGUCAAACGGUGGAUCUGAGCUCACAGGCUAUGUUAUUGAGAAGCAGCCUAAUGGAACCAGUGAAUGGAUAAAGGUGGUCACUCUUGAUGCAAGCGUGACAACCUACACGAUAGAAAAUCUCAAAGAGAAGUCUGAAUUUUACUUCAGGGUAUUUGCAGAAAAUGCAAUUGGUCUGAGUCUACCGACGACGACAAGUCUAGUCAGCCUUAAGACUCAUGCCACUGUGCCAUCACCGCCGACUGCACCUCUUGAAAUCAGAUCAACCGGAGCCAACUCAGUCAUGGUUGCAUGGGGUAUUCCGGAACGAGAUGGCGGUGCGCCAAUUGAAGCUUAUAAAAUUGCCGUCCGUGAUAUCAAGAAGACUAUGUGGAUAGAAGUGGGAAGAGUAGGAGCCGAUAUUCAAAAGCUUACAAUCAAAGAACUACAGGAGGACCACGAAUAUUUAAUACGAAUUUAUGCUCGAAAUGAAGUGGGUUUGAGUGACCCGCUUGAAUCUGAUGAACCUUUCAAAGUAAUACGACCGGCAGCCGGAGAUGAGGAUAUGGAUGUUGAAGACUCUCGCCAAGACAAGGACACUCCGUCUCUCUCGUUCACAACCACAACGACACAAUCAUGGAUGAGAGAGGCUGGAAUGGACCCUGACAUCCAUAGCUAUGCGAAAUCAUCUCUCCUUAGGAGAAACGAGUAUUUCUUCAGGAUUUGGUAUUAUGCGAAACAUCUAUUCAAAUAAAAAGUCCGGCCAAUCCUGAGGAUCCUACGAGUGCGAGCGCCAUAAGUUAACUAUCCCUGAGUUAACUAUGAGCCCUCUCAAUAGACAGAAAAGUGAAGCGAGUACGUUUUUUACUUAAUUAAAUUAUAAUUUUAAUUGUACAACUCGUCUUCCCAGGCUGUCGAAUUUAUUUAUAGUUUUAACGAUUUUGUUUUAUUUGUAACUGUUUUCUUUUUACCCCUGUGAUAUGUUAUUAAAAUAUUUAAUUUCUCUUAUCGAUGUUAUGGUGGAAAAAAUACAAUUAUUUUUCAUGGGGAACAAUGCAUGUAUUUUGAGUUUUCAGAAAAGUUCUCCAUCUCAUAAAUAAAUAAAACUGUAACAAGUGUUAAACCAUAUAAAAUUAAUUUUAGUCUAUCCUAAACAAUAAAUUA